AUGAUUCUGUUCUUGAUUGGACCACACUCAUUAGGUCUGGUAAGGACAGCAGCUAGAGUCUAGGGACACUAGGGAGACAGUGGAAUAUAAUCUCACUGAAGUCAGAAACAGCUCUGAACCCAUAGCUGUAUACUGUGUGGAUAAAACACAGUAUCCCUGAUGCGCUGGUCUAGGUGUUGGGAAAGGUAAACCUGCAGUCUAGAGCUGAUGCCCUGUCUCACCAAUUUGUCAUGAUUGCCAACCUACAGUGAGGGAAAAAAGUAUUUGAUCCCCUGCUGAUUUUGUACGUUUGCCCACUGACAAAGACAUGAUCAGUCUAUAAUUUAAAGGUAGGUUUAUUUGAACAGUGAGAGACAGAAUAACAACAACAAAAAUCCAGAAAAAUGCAUGUCAAAAAUGUUAUAAAUUGAUUUGCAUUUUAAUGAGGGAAAUAAGUAUUUGACCCCUCUGCAAAACAUGACUUAGUACUUGGUGGCAAAACCCUUGUUGGAAAUCACAGAGGUCAGAUGUUUCUUGUAGUUGGCCACCAGGUUUGCACACAUCUCAGGAGGUAUUUUGUCCCACUCCUCUUUGCAGAUCUUCUCCAAGUCAUUAAGGUUUCGAGGCUGACGUUUGGCAACUCGAACCUUCAGCUCCCUCCACAGAUUUUCUAUGGGAUUAAGGUCUGGAGACUGGCUAGGCCACUCCAGGACCUUAAUGUGCUUCUUCUUGAGCCACUCCUGCCUUGGCCAUGUGUUUUGGGUCAUUGUCAUGCUGGAAUACUCAUCCACAACCCAUUUUCAAUGACCUGGCUGAGGGAAGGAGGUACAUGGCCCCUUCCAUCGUCCCUUUGAUGCGGUGAAGUUGUCCUGUCCCCUUAGCAGAAAAACACCCCCAAAGCAUAAUGUUUCCACCUCCAUGUUUGACGGUGGGGAUGGUGUUCUUGGGGUCAUAGGCAGCAUUCCUCCUCCUCCAAACACGCGAGUUGAGUUGAUGCCAAAGAGCUCGAUUUUGGUCUCAUCUGACCACAACACUUUCACCCAGUUCUCCUCUGAAUCAUUCAGAUGUUCAUUGGCAAACUUCAGACGGGCCUGUAUAUGUGCUUUCUUGAGCAGGGGAACCUUGCGGGCGCUGCAGGAUUUCAGUCCUUCACGGCGUAGUGUGUUACCAAUUGUUUUCUUGGUGACUAUGGUCCCAGCUGCCUUGAGAUCAUUGACAAGAUCCUCCCGUGUAGUUCUGGGCUGAUUCCUCACCGUUCUCAUGAUCAUUACAACUCCACGAGGUGAGAUCUUGCAUGGCGCCCCAGGCCGAGGGAGAUUUACAGUUAUUUUGUGUUUCUUCCAUAUGCAACUAAUUGCACCAACUGUUGUCACCUUCUCACCAAGCUGCUUGGCGAUGGUCUUGUAGCCCAUUCCAGCCUUGUGUAGGUCUACAAUCUUGUCCCUGACAUCCUUGGAGAGCUCUUUGGUCUUGGCCAUGGUGGAGAGUUUGGAAUCUGAUUGAUUGAUUGCCUCUGUGGACAGGUGUCUUUUAUACAGGUUACAAGCUGAGAUUAGGAGCACUCCCUUUAAGAGUGUGCUCCUAAUCUCAGCUCGUUACCUGUAUAAAAGACACCUGGGAUCCAGAAAUCUUUCUGAUUGAGAGGGGGUCAAAUACUUAUUUCCCUAAUUAAAAUGCAAAUCAAUUUAUAACAUUUUUGACAUGCAUUUUUCUGGAUGUUUUUGUUGUUAUUCUGUCUCUCACUGUUCAAAUAAACCUACCAUUAAAAUUAUAGACUGAUAAUUUCUUUGUCAGUGGACAAACGUACAAAAUCAGCAGGGGAUCAAAUACUUUUUUCCCUCACUGUACCUUGUCACACACAAAAGAUUAACACUCUACCACCACAAAACGCCUAUGUUUAGUUGACUGUUUCAGGAAAUGAUUGCAGACAUUAUUCUGGGCGUCUGCACAGUGUCUUUACCUAAAGGCGCUUAUCAAUGUUUCACCUCAUUGAACUUUGGCAAUUGAGCUAAAUGGGCCAAUCAAGGCCAACAGCUGUAGUGGAACACUGGCAUUAUAGCUGAACCGAAUCAGAGCCCAAAUCAAUUUAAUUGUUCAUUGGUGCAGUAUUCUUCCGCCUUAGGUCUAUCUGUUGUACUCUAUGCUUGGUUGCAGACAGAAAACAGAAUAGGUCUUAAUGCAUGCCGUCAAUACGACAUUUGGUUAAAUGUGGCACAAAGGCAUUGCUACAGGGACCAUGGUUUAUCGGGGACCAUGGUAGCAUUUUUUGCUAAAAAACAUCACAAUAUUCAGAUCCUGUUAUCAGUGAUUAAAGUCUCUCUCUCUCUCCCUCUGUACAUUAGAUCACAGCCAUAGAGUCUGUGUUGUUUCUGCUCCAGUAUGUGUCGGAGGACCUGGACAACAGGGAGAAGAUCAUCGUCAUGGGAGACUGCUGUUACCUCAAUCCUCUGGUGCGCAGGACCUUCCGCUUCCUGGGUACGUGUUUUGGCAGUAACCUACCUCCAUACCACUUGCCGAAUUAUUACUGUCCCCAUGCAGAAUGGCUGCCCUAACUCAUGACGCGGUAGCAAGGAGCUUUGUUGCAAUAUAAUGUCAAAGGUCUGCACUCAAAAUAAGACAAAAUUGUUGGUAUACAGUAAGUGGUGUACAGGAAUUGUCUGACUCAAAAUGAUAAGUGAUGAUAAGUGAUGUUUACCUAUAUUUAAUGCAGCUAGUAAAGUACAAUGUAACAGCAUCUUCUAAGCUAUCAUCAGUGUCAACAAAGUUAUACCUACCCACAUAUGCCUGUUCUGGCUGCAGUCAAGAUGGUGAAUGGAAUGUUUGUCAUUGCCGUGUGCUUGCUUGAAGCAAUGCUCUGGGGUGUUCACCCUUGCAGUAAGAAAAUAAAAUUAACAAAAUCCCUGAAUAAAUUAAAUGGAGCGGAAUUGAUUGGAUAAAAGCUGUUUGAAUAUCUAUAAUAAAAUCCGCAAAGUUUCCUAAGAGCUAGUCGCGAGGCCGACAUCUCCGUGGGUGCCACUGUCUGUGUGGGUGGACCACUUCAGAUUGUCAGUGAUGUGUACUCAGAGGAACUUGAAGCCUCACCUUCUCCACUGCGGUCCCGUCAAUGUGGAUAGGGGUGUGCUGUCUCCUGAAAUCCACGAUCAGCUCCUUCGCUUUGUUGACGUUGAGGGAGAGGUUAUUUUCCUGGCACCACUACGCCACGGCCCUCACCUCCUCCCUGUAGGCUGUCUCAUCAUUGUUGGUAAUCAGGCCUACUACUGUUGUGUCGUCUGCAAACUUGAUGAUUGAGUUGGAGGCGUGCGUGGCCACGCAGUCAUGGGUGAACAGGCAGUACAGGAGGGGGCUGAGCACGCACCCUUGUGGGGCCCCUGUGUUGAGGAUCAGUGUAGUGCAGGUGUUGUUUCCUACCUUCACCGUCAGGAAGUCCAGGACCCAGUUGCACAAAUCGGGGUUCAGACCCAGGGCCCCAAGCUUGAUGAUGAGCUGGGAGGGUACUAUGGUGUUGAAGGCUGUGGUACAGUAAAUGAACAACAUUUACAUAUUCCUCUUGUCCAGAUGGGAUAGGGCAGUGUGCAGUGCGAUGGCGAUUGCAUUGUCUGUGGAUCUAUUGGGGCGGUAUGCAAAUUGAAGUGGGUCUAGGGUGUCAGAUAAGGUGGAGGUGAUAUGAUCCUUAACUAGCCUCUCAAAGCACUUCAUGAUGACAGAAGUAAGUGCUACGGGGCGAUAGUCAUUUAGUUCAGUUAAAUUUACUGCUCGACUGAGGGACCUUACAGAUAAUUGUAUGUGUGGGGUACAGAGAUGAGGUAGUCAUUCAAAAAUCAUGUUAAACACUAUUAUUUCACACAGUGAGUCCAUGCAACUUAUUAUGUGACUUGUUAAGCACAUCUUCAGCCAUAAUGUUGUAGAAAAUUAUGAAAACAAACAAAGUACUUUCAGAGUUUUUGUAGAAUCAAGAUAGACUUUUUUUACACAAGCAAUAGAGCCGAGCUGGUCUGCAGAGCAACUGCCGUCCCAGACUUGGAGCUCUCUUUUUAUACAGCUUCAUCUUUUCAUAUCAUAUCUGAGCCACUAUGGUUUCUUUGUCUAGCUUCUUUCCUGUCUAUCCCCAUGUCUGCUUGGCCUUCUUUUCAUAUCAUAUCGGAACCCCCUCUUUAUCCAAACAGCCCCCCUCCCUUGACCUGGAGCCACUAUGGUUAUCUUCUUGUGGCUAUGUGUAUCGGGUCAUAGCGCACAAACAAGUGAUAACUUUAGUUACGUUACUACUCAUAUCUCCACACAGCUGUGCCCUUGGAAGAUAGUAAAAGACAGGAUGAACUGAAAAACUGUGGUCACUCUGAGGCUCUUUGUCUUGACCGUGUCACCAGGUUACUCAGAAGCAACAAGAAAUGUAAACAAUACAGGUCUAUCUGUUCCUAAAGUUUAUCUCCAUCCCAUGUCCUUGACUACACGCCAGACCAGCUGCAGGGAGCUAGAGGGAACCAUCCUUUCUCAGAAUCACAGCAUUUGCACUAAAGAAAUGUCUCUACUGAUGUUAAGCAUAUUAUAAUAUAUGUUAUGGAAAAAUACCUGUAGAGCCAUUUCAUCAUGGCUCUGUUUUAACCCUUUCAUUGAUUUAUUGGGGCGGCAGGUAGCUUAGUGGUUACGAGCGUUGUGCCAGUAACCGAAAGGUCGCUGGUUCUAAUCCCCAAGCCAACUAGGUAAAAAAUCUGUCAAUGUGCCCUUGAGCAAGGCACUUAACCCUAAUUGCUCAUGUAAUUGCUCAUUUUUAACAUUCUUAAUCCAUAGGCAUAUAGGUGUUUCAUUCUACAACAUUCAUAUAAUUUGUUUGUUAUGUUGUCUGCCCUUAAGUGAGACAGUGUAGUUAUAAAGUCUCCCCUUUAUGACUUUAUAGGUCCCACACAAACACUACAAAUGUACAGUUGAAGUUUGAAGUUUACAUAUACUUAGGUUGGAGUCAUUAAAACUCGUUUUUCAAUAACUCCACAAAUGUCUUGUUAACAAACUAUAGUUUUGGCAAGUCGGUUAGGACAUCUACUUUGUGCAUGACAUAAGUAAUUUUUCCAACAAUUGUUUACAGACAGAUUCUUUCACUUAUAAUUCACUGUAACACAAUUCCAGUGGGUCAGAAGUUUACAUACACUAAGUUGACUGUGCCUUUAAACAGCUUGGAAAAUUCCAGAAAAUUAUGUGAUGGCUUUAGAAGCUUCUGAUAGGCUAAUUGACAUAAUUUGAGUCAAUUGGAGGUGUACCUGUGGAUGUAUUUCAAAGCCUACCUUCAAACUCAGUGCCUCUUUGCUUGACAUCAUGGGAAAAUCAAAAGAAAUCAGCCAAGACCACUGAAAAACAAUUGUAGACCUCCACAAGUCUGGUUCAUCCUUGGGAGCAAUUUCCAAAUGCCUGAAGGUACCACGUUCAUCUGUACAAACAAUAGUACACAAGUAUAAACACCCUGGGACCACACAGCCGUCAUACCGCUCAGGAAGGAGACGCGUUCUGUCUCCCAGAGAUUAAUGUACUUUGGUGCGAAAAGUGCAAAUCAAUCCCAGAACAACAGCAAAGGACCUUGUGAAGAUGCUGGAGGAAACAGGUACAAAAGUAUCUAUAUACACAGUAAAAUGAGUCCUAUAUCGACAUAACCUGAAAGGCCGCUCAGCAAGGAAGAAGCCACUGCUCCAAAACCGCCAUAAAAAAGCCAGACUACGGUUUGCAACUGCACAUGGGGACAAAGAUCGUACUUUUUGGAGAAAUGUCCUCUAGUCUGAUUAAACAAAAAUAGAUCUGUUUGGCCAUAAUGACCAUCGUUAUGUUUGGAAGAAAAAAUUGAAGGAUUGCAAGCCGAAGAACACCCUCCCAACCGUGAAGCACAGGGGUGGCAGCAUCAUGCUGUGGGGGUGCUUUGCUGCAGGAGGGACUGGUGCACUUCACAAAAUAGAUGGCAUCAUGAGGAAGGAAAAUUAUGUGGAUAUAUUGAAGCAACAUCUCAAGACAUCAGUCAGGAAGAUAAAGCUUGGUCGCAAAUGGGUCUUCCAAAUGGACAAUGACCCCAAGCAUACUUCCAAAGUUGUGGCAAAAUGGCUUAAGGACAACAAAGUCAAGGUAUUGGAGUGGCCAUCACAAAGCCCUGACCUCAAUCCUAUAGAAAAUGUGUGGGCAGAACUGAAAAAGCGUGUGCGAGCAAGGAGGCCUACAAACCUGACUCAGUUACACCAGCUCUAUCAGGAGGAAUGGGCCAAAAUUCACCCAACUUAUGGUGGGAAGCUUGUGGAAGGCUACCCGUAAUGUUAGACACAAGUUAAACAAUUUAAAGGCAAUUCUACCAAUUACUAAUUUGAGUGUAUGUAAACUUCUGACCCACUGGGAAUGUGUUGAAAGAAAUAAAAGCUGAAAGAAAUAAUUCUCUCUACUAUUAUUCUGACAUUUCAUAAUCUUAAAAUAAAGUGGUGAUCCUAACUGACCUAAGACAGGGAAAUUUUACUAGGACAAAAUGUCAGGAAUUGUGAAAAACUGAGUUUAAAUGUAUUUGGCUAAGGUGUAUGUAAACUUCCAACUUCAACUGUACAUAGUGACUAAUAUAUGAAUAUAGAGAUAUGUAGUGACUAACAUCCUUGCUUUAAAUAUAUAUUUUCAAACAUCACAGUCUUCAGCAGUAAAGGGUAGCUCAGUUAAUCAUUCGCAACCUGCAUUCUGGCCCUGGGUCAUGGCAACAUUACAUUUGUUACCAGUUUUAAACACAUAUUGCAGCAAAAUUUUAACAUGAGGAUGAGCAGCAAAAUCAAUACAAUGACUAAAACAACGGUCAGACACAGUUGCAUGAUCCACCCUCCAAACCCGGUAUUAUCUUGCCUAGCAAACGAAGGUGGGCCUGUGUGGUUGUGUAAUACAGAGAACGUCAUGGGGUCAGGGUUACAUGGUAUCUCUACUAAGAAUGGUACGUUUAUUUACAUAUUUAGAUUUACAUCUAUGGGAACUCCCACAAGCGGUAAACCUGCUCCUACCUUAACCGGCCCCAAUCCACACACCCAACACUCUUUUUGUCAAGAUGUAAGAUUAGCAACCAUUUCUGCUCUAGAUCAAAUUGUCCUUUGUUGUUGUGAGGGACAAGCAGGGCUCUCUUCCGACGAUGACAUCUACUUCUGGGCCUCUACUCCGGGCCGGCGUUGGGUCCCUUUGGCUCGGGACCUUCUUCCGUCACUAGGGUCUCGGGCUCAGGCAGAGUCUUUCUCAAUUUAUCAACAUCGGUCUGUGGAGUGUGUCCUUCUGGCAGCGUACCAAUAGGGAAGCUGAGAGUCACUGCUGCAAAGACACAUAGACACAGACAGGCAGAAAAUAAAACAAUGCUACGCAGUAGCGGGCCAUCUUCCUCUUCUUCUGUUUCUGUUUCCUCUCCGUCCCUACUGGGUAUUUCGGCAGCCUCAGCCUCCUCAUCUCUCGGUCGUCGGUUUCCAUGCGGUACUCGGGUGCAGUGGUUUAGAUGAUACCAGGUCAAGCUCCCCUCGACCCUUAUGGCAGUUGGUGUAGCCUGGGUGACGGUGUAGGGUCCCUUACGUCUCUGUUUGUUCCACUUCCUUCUGAAGACCCUGACGUAGACCUUCUCCCCCGGGACCACUGUCGUGGUGGAUUCACCUCUGGUUCUGGAACUCUGCUUCUCUCCUGUUGGUAUAUAACUUAAUGUAUAACAGUUAGUUGCCUGAUAUACUCUUCUAAUUCCCUUUCCAACUGUUCUAGAGGUGGACCCUCAUAUGGUCCCGUAAGCAUUUCAUGCGGUGUUAGAUGCGUUAUUCUGUUAGCUUGCAUGCGAUAGCUCAUUAGUGCCAGAGGUAAGGCAUCUACCAAAUUCAAUCUCGUACUCUCACAGAUCUUUGCAAUUUUCGCUUUCAGAGAACCGUUUACUCUUUCCACCAUACCCUGCGAUUGGGGAUGGUAAACACAUCCUCAUCUUUGCUUUAUGCGCAACUGCUGCAUCACUAGUUUUGCCAUGUUAUGUAUAAAUGCUGAACCAUUGUCUGAACUGAUUACUGUCGGAAUCCCAAAUUGUGGCAUCGCUUCUCUUGUUAAGAAUUUUAUUACUGGUGCUGCCCCUAGAGUUUUAGAUGGAACUGCUUCUACCCAUCUGCUAAAUCUGUGAAUUGCUACCAACAUAUAUACCUUUUCCCAUUCACUGGUUUUAUCAUAUCCACAUAGUCUAUUACUAGGUGUCUAAAGGGUCCCUCUGGUACUGGAAUAUGUCCAAUUGGUGCCGUUAUUCCUUUUACGAUAUUCUUUUGUGCACGUUUCACAUUCUGUUAAUCUUGUACAGUGAGGGAAAAAAGUAUUUGAUCCCCUGCUGAUUUUGUACGUUUGCCCAUUGACAAAGACAUGAUGAGUCUAUAAUUUUAAUGGUAGGUUUAUUUGAACAGUGAGAGACAGAAUAACAAAAUGUUAUGAAUUGAUUUGCAUUUUAAUGAGGGAAAUAAGUAUUUGACCCCUCUGCAAAACAUGAUUUAGUACUUGGUGGCAAAACCCUUGUUGGCAAUCACAGAGGUCAGACUUUUCUUGUAGUUGGCCACCAGGUUUGCACACAUCUGAGGAGGGAUUUUGUUCCACUCCUCUUUGCAGAUCUUCUCCAUUCAUUAAGGUUUCGAGGCUGAAGUUUGGCAAAUCGAACCUUCAGCUCCCUCCACAGAUUUUCUAUGGGAUUAAGGUCUGGAGACUGGCUAGGCCACUCCAGGACCUUAAUGUGCUUAUUUUUGAGCCACUCCUUUGUUGCCUUGACCGUGUGUUUUGGGUCAUUGUCAUGCUGGAAUACCCAUCCACGACCCAUUUUCAAUGCCCUGGCUGAGGGAAGGAGGUUCUCACCCAAGAUUUGACGGUACAUGGCCCCGUCCAUCGUCCCUUUGAUGCAGUGAAGUUGAAAAACACCCCCAAAGCAUAAUGUUUCCACCUCCAUGUUUGACGGUGGGGAUGGUGUUCUUGGGGUCAUAGGCAGCAUUCCUCCUCCUCCAAACACGGCGAGUUGAGUUGAUGCCAAAGAGCUCGAUUUUGGUCUCAUCUGACCACAACACUUUCACCCAGUUCUCCUCUGAAUCAUUCAGAUGUUAAUUGGCAAACAUCAGACGGGCCUGUAUAUGUGCUUUCUUGAGCAGGGGGACCUUGCGGGCGCUGCAGGAUUUCAGUCCUUCACGGCGUAGUGUGUUACCAAUUGUUUUCUUGGUGACUAUGGUCCCAGCUGCCUUGAGAUCAUUGACAAGAUCCUUCCGUGUAGUUCUGGGCUGAUUCCUCACCGUUCUCAUGAUCAUUGCAACUCCACGAGGUGAGAUCUUGCAUGAAGCCCCAGGCAGAGGGAGAUUGACAGUUAUUUUAUGUUUCUUCCAUUUGCGAAUAAUCGCGCCAACUGUUGUCAUCUUCUCACCAAGCUGCUUGGCGAUGGUCUUGUAGCCCAUUCCAGCCUUGUGUAGGUCUACAAUCUUGUCCCUGACAUCCUUGGAGAGCUCUUUGGUCUUGGCCAUGGUGGAGAGUUUGGAAUCUGAUUGAUUGAUUGCUUCUGUGGACAGGUGUCUUUUAUAUAGGUAACAAAUUGAGAUUAGGAGCACUCCCUUUAAGAGAGUGCUCCUAAUCUCAGCCCGUUACCUGUAUAAAAGACACAUCUCAGGAGGGAUUUUGUUCCACUCCUCUUUGCAGAUCUUCUCCAAGUCAUUAAGGUUAUGAGGCUGAAGUUUGGCAACUCGAACCUUCAGCUCCCUCCACAGAUUUUCUAUGGGAUUAAGGUCUGGAGACUGGCUAGGCCACUCCAGGACCUUAAUGUGCUUAUUUUUGAGCCACUCCUUUGUUGCCUUGACCAUGUGUUUUGGAUCAUUGUCAUGCUGGAAUACCCAUUCACGACCCAUUUUCAAUGCCCUGGCUGAGGGAAGGAGGUUCUCACCCAAGAUUUGACGGUACAUGGCCCCGUCCAUUGUCCCUUUGAUGCAGUGAAGUUGUCCUGUCCCCUUAGCAGAAAAACACCCCCAAAGCAUAAUGUUUCCACCUCCAUGUUUGACGGUGGGGAUGGUGUUCUUGGGGUCAUAGGCAGCAUUCCUCCUCCUCCAAACACGGCGAGUUGAGUUGAUGCCAAAGAGCUCGAUUUUGGUCUCAUCUGACCACAACACUUUCACCCAGUUCUCCUCUGAAUCAUUCAGAUGUUCAUUGGCAAACUUCAGACGGGCCUGUAUAUGUGCUUUCUUGAGCAGGGGGACCUUGUGGGCGCUGCAGGAUUUCAGUCCUUCACGGCGUAGUGUGUUGCCAAUUGUUUUCUUCGUGACUAUGGUCCCAGCUGCCUUGAGAUGGUCUUGUAGCCCAUUCCAGCCUUGUGUAGGUCUACAAUCUUGUCCCUGACAUCCUUGGAGAGCUCUUUGGUCUUGGCCAUGGUGGAGAGUUUGGAAUCUGAUUGAUUGAUUGCUUCUGUGGACAGGUGUCUUUUAUAUAGGUAACAAAUUGAGAUUAGGAGCACUCCCUUUAAGAGUAUGCUCCUAAUCUCAGCUCGUUACCUGUAUAAAAGACACCUGGGGGUCAAAUACUUAUUUCCCUCAUUAAAAUGCAAAUCAAUUCAUAACAUUUUUGACAUGCGUUUUUCUGGAUUAUUUUGUUGUUAUUCUGUCUCUCACUGUUCAAAUAAACCUACCAUUAAAAUUAUAGACUGAUCAUUUCUUUGUCAGUGGGCAAACGUGCAAAAUCAGCAGGGGAUCAAAUACUUUUUUCCCUCACUGUAUCUACUCUUGCUUGCAUAUAUGGAGACCAGAAACCUUGUUUUCUAAUUUUCCUUAUUACCUCCCCUCUUGCACAAUGAUCGAAACCAAAUCAAAUCAAAUGUUAUUUGCCACAUGCGCCGAAUACAACAGGUGUAGACAUUACCGUGAAAUGCUUACUUACAGCCCUUCACCAACAAUGCAUUUAUUUAUUAAAUAAAAAAGUAAUGUAAACAACAACAACAAAAAAGUGUUGAGAAAAAAAGAGCAGAAGUAAAAUAAAAUAACAGUAGGGAGGCUAUAUACAGGGGGUUACCGGUGCAGAGUCAAUGUGCGGGGGUACCGGCUAGUUGAGGUAGUUGAGGUAAUAUGUACAUGUGGGUAGAGUUAAAGUGACUAUGCAUAAAUAAUUAACAGAGUAGCAGCAGCGUAAAAAGAUGGGUUGGGGGUGGGGGGGCAGUGCAAAUAGUCCGGGGAGCCAUGAUUAGCUGUUCAGGAGUCUUAUGGCUUGGGGGUAGAAGCUGUUGAGAAGCCUUUUGGACCUAGACUUGGCGCUCCGGUACCGCUUGCCAUGCGGUAGCAGAGAGAACAGUCUAUGACUAGGGUGGCUGGAUUCUUUCAUAAUUUUGAGGGCCUUCCUCUGACACCGCCUGGUAUAGAGGUCCUGGAUGGCAGGAAGCUUGGCCCCAGUGAUGUACUGGGCCGUACGCACUACCCUCUGUAGUGCCUUGCGGUCGGAGGCCGAGCAGUUGCCAUACCAGGCGGUGAUGCAACCAGUCAGGAUGCUCUCGAUGGUGCAGCUGUAGAACUUUUUGAGGAUCUGAGGACCCAUGCCAAAUCUUUUCAGUCUCCUUAGGGGGAAUAGGCUUUGUCGUGCCCUCUUCACGACUGUCUUGGUGUGUUUGGACCAUGAUAGUUCGUUGGUGAUGUGGACACCAAGGAACUUGAAGCACUCAACCUGUUCCACUACAGCCCCGUCGAUGAGAAUGGGGGCAUGCUCAGUCCUCUUUUUUUUCCUGUAGUCCACAAUCAUCAAUCAUGUGCACUGGUAAUGAGUAAGUUCAAAAGCAUUAUAGGAGCCACUAUUAGUCCAUCCUGUGUUCUCCACAAUCCAUUCCUGUCCUUUGUUGCACCUCUUUAUUCCCACAUAGUAUGCUCAUUUAUGUUGGCUCUGUCCUGCAUUCUUAUUAUAUCAUCUAUUUCUGGGGCUGCUUCUAUCAAAAUCAGUGGAGCCUGUAUGGCUACUUUGCAUUUAGAUGCUAGUAUUGCCGCUUCAUCUGCUGCGUUGUUUUCUUUGGUAACAUAUUCCUUUCCCUUCUUGUGUGCCUGGCAUUUAACAACUGCUAUCUGUUUUGGCCUCAUUAAUGCAAUCAUUAGUUGUUGUGUUUGUUCAAAAUUCAAAAUUGGGCUUCCAUCUGUUUUCCUAAACCCUCUGUUUCCAGACUGCUCCAAACAGGUGGCAUACUCCAUGCGCAUAUGCUGAAUCAGUGUAAAUAUUUACUGCUUUAUCCCUUCCUAGGUUACAUGCUGCCGUAAAUGCUCUUAGCUCUGCUAGUUGAGCAGAACAUGGUUGGUCACAACUUUCACUCUCUAUGGUGUAGAAUUGGUCGUCUGGUCCUUUCCUUACUACUGCAUAACCAGCUCUAAAGCAAGACCCAUCUACAAACAAUUCCUCUGUAGCUCCCAGUAUUGGAAUUGACAACAAAUCAGGUCUCAAUUUAGUGAACGCCAAGGACUCUGCUACACAGUCAUGUGUUUCGCCUUCAGUUUCUAUUGGCAUCCUUUCUGCUGGGAUAACUGUAGUACAUCGUUUUAUGGUUACAUCUGGAUAGGUCAAUAGUGUCAAACGCUCCAAUAUUCUGGCAUUGGUCAGUACAAAUGUUCCUUGCUCAAUCAACUCAGUUAUUUUAUGAUGAGCAUAGAUCACCACUGGGUAUCCCAUUGUGAUCGUGGAUGCUUUGUCAUAUGCAUACUGUACAGCUGCCAAUCCCUGGUAACAUGGUGGAUGCCCUUGUGCUACUGAAUCUAAAAAAUGCACCACAUAAGUCUAUCACUGAGAACCAUUUUGCAUCUGGUGGAACGUUUGUGAACAGUGUGUGUGGAUUGGGUACCUCUGCUUGGUAGUCUUGAACUACUUCAUUCACUGCUCUCAGGUCAUGGACCAGUCUCCACUUCUGUUUGUCUGCUUUUAGUACUGGUAGCAGUGGCGUGUUACAGUCACUCUGGGUUUUAACCAGUACUCCUGCUUCUAUCAGUCCCUCUAUUGUAGACUGAAUUCCUGCCUCUGCUUCAGGUUUCAUUGGGUAUUGCUGUUUCCAUGGGGGUCUUGUGUCUGCCUUUACUUUAAUGCAGACUGGAUUAGCUGAUUUUACCAAACCCACAUCUGUAUCAUACUUUCCAUUUGUUUCCUUAGAUUUUCUUGUUUUGUUUCUUCUUCAACUACUGGCAUCUGUCUUUCCUCAGUUAUUUCCACUUCCUGAGGUUCCCCCAUGAGCUAUGCAAAGCAUAUGACUUUAAUGAGGUUUUUGUCAACAGACUGGAAAAUUAAUGGAUUCUCUGUUUUUACCCACUGUAUAUUUUUAGCCUUCUUCAUCAUUGGUCCUAGGUCUUUUGCCUGAUAUCCCUCAGCCGCUAAAAGUGUUAUGUGAGGUUCUGUUCCUGGUAUAUCAAACCAGGUCUGUAUGAUAUCAGACCCUGGAGCAUCUUGUGCUUCCAUUGCUGCCCCUUGUUUCCCUAUUAUAAAAUAUUGCGAUCUCAUGGAGGUCGGUUUACCCCAUGCCUUCCUCAACCAUAGUCGUUCCAGCAACUGAUUUUGAUAUGGGUCAUAUUGCAGUGUACAAUGAUAGCCUAACUUCAUUUCUGGAACCUGAGCCCUGAUACAUUUUCCACACUUCUUUAGUACCUCUUGUACUGGUGAUUCUAUGUUCCCUAUCCAGUAUACAUUUGACUUUCUGUCCAUAGCCAUCAUCAUCUGUGGACGUACACCUUCCUGAUCUAUUAUUAGUCCCUCUGAUGUGCAUUUAAUUUGGAUGCCCACUCUACACAGUGCAUCUCUCCCUAAUAGAUUAACUGGAGUUUGUUCUGAUACUAAUAUAGGUAUGCAGGUAGCUUUUCCUCCUGCUUCUAGUUUUACUGGAACUGUCAUAGGUAUUAGCUGUGUUUGUCCCGAAAAUCCUACUGUCUUUGCAUAUUUGCCUGACAUGUGGAGGUGAGAGGCAUAAUUUGGACUUACACAUGAGUAAGUUGCUCCAGUAUCUAUCAUCAUUGGUGUGCCUCUAUUAUUCACCUGAACCUGCAGCAUAGGUUCUUCAUCAGCCUGCAUAGUUACUGCCACUAGCUGACCCUCCCCUUUAGGAUUCCCUGGGCAUCCCUAGUAUCCCUGAUUUAGUCCUCCCCACGGGUUCACUGGGACCUGUGGAGCCUGUGUCUGAGACUGCUGCUAUGCAUCCGAGCUGGGGCCAUUUCUUUGCCAAUUAGGACAAUUCCUUCUUGUAUGUCCUGAUUGAUGGCACCCCCAGCAGACACCUGGAGGUUCUCAUGGUCCUCUAUUUUGGUGUGUCUGCUGCUGUGGUCGGUGCCCUUGAUUCCUGGGUCUGUUUCCAUUAUUUUUGUUUUGCCACUGUCCAGGGGAUUGUUGUGUGUACACAUUCACUACUGGUAUGGCAGGAGCUCUUUGGCCUUGUUGUUGAGGCGGCAGUUGUGGACCUCCCUGGAUGACAGGUGCCAUGGCGCCAGCCUCUGGCGGUGUCGGAGUAAUCACUGGAGCUUGUGUUUUCUUUAUGACCUUUCUUGUCAGCUCUUCCAGCUGCAUCUGUGUCAGUUUUCUUUGAAUGUCUCUUCCCUGCUCUGUCAGUUUCUGUUUGUCCUUCCUGUAUUUUUCCACUGCGUGGAUAACAUGGUCGCAGAACUCUUUGUGUGACUUUGACGUAAGUCCAACCAUAUCUUCCAGUCUGCUUCUGACAGGCAUUGGCAUUGCUUCCAUCAGUGAUGUCCUGAACAGUGUUGUCAUCAGUGGAUCCCCCUCUGGGUCUCUUUCUGUUUCUUGUCGCCACCUCUUGAGCUGGUCCUCCAGGUAACCUGCCGGGUUUUCUUUAUCCCCCAAUGGCUCCCCUCUCAGUGCUUUAGGCUCUAUUUUGGCUGGAUACUCUAUUCUCAGAGUGUGCCAUAGUCCUGGCCUAUAAUUGUAAAAUGUCACUCCAUCCAGUAACGUCCUCCGCACUGCCUGUAUGAGGCCACCUGCCUGCAACAGGUCCUCCAUUUUGGCCACUCCCACCAUCCUGGCCAGCAAUGCCUUCAAGUCUCCCACCGCCAGUAGUUUCCCCUUUAUUUGUUCUUCAAAUGUUCUAAUCCAUUUUCCUGCUCCUUCAUGCAUGUUUGGCAGUCUAAUCACCAGGCCUUCCAGGUCCUGCGAUCCCCAGGGCACAUAGUGAACAUGUGUCCCCUUUACCAAAAUGGGAUAUUGAGCUCCAUACUUUUCUUGCUUUUUUAUUGUCCUUCUGUUUCUUAAUUAUCUUUUUGAUUUUUCCAGGUGGGCUUGCAGUGCCUUACCUAAUUAUGUUACUAUAGAUUUGCCUCCUGUGGCUCCCUCUGUCUCACAUUGUUCUUGAUCAGAGUCAGCACACUGUCUAAGUUCUUCAUCUUCCUCAUCACUUGCAUCCUCCCGCUUACUUUGCCCAUCAUAAUCUUGUUCAUCUAUCCUAUAAUUUUCCAGUUUUGUUAACAUGCCCCUCAGUCCCUCAUAACAGUCUAUAUCUAAGUGAGAUCUUCUUUCUCUUUUUGGGGUGGAAGCUUGCUCCUUCCCUUUUUCUACUUUUAGCUCUACAUUCCCUGUUAUUGAGACUAGUCCUGUGACCUGGGGAAAUUGUCCCUCUUGUGUGUAUGGUGGAGGUGCAGUUAAGCCAACCUUCUUUGGUUCUUUUUCCAUUAUUAUCCUUCUGACUUUGGCCAUGCUCUCUCCAUCCCGUUCCUUCCUCCCACAACAUUUCUCUCUCUUUCUCUCUCUUCUUCUUUAUUUUCUCCCCUUUCUAUCCUGUUUUAUAGUACUUUAUUAUGGUAUCCAUUUCCUAACACACAGUCACAUCAAACGUCCCUUCCUUUGGCAAUUUUGUUGCCAUUUUUCUGGUUCUUAUUUCCCAUUUAUUAGAGCUUUUUCCAAUCUCUUCUUUGUGAUUUCUACUGGUGUUCCUGCCAUCUCAAUUCCCUGUAUUCUUGGUCUCCCUGACGCUAGCUUUAUGUUUGGUUCAGUGUCUAUGUUAGGGUGUAGGGUCAACAAUAUUUUCCUUACUGUUUUCCUUGUGCCUAAUUGUUCCCUUAUUUUAUUGCUGCUCAUUUUGGAUAAUCCACUGAACUUCUCUCAAUACUAUAGACACUUUUAUUUGUGGUUCUCUUUAUUAUCUUUCCUGUCCAAUUAACCUGGUAUCGUUACUGGAUCAACGACAUAGGUAAUAGCUGUUUCGCUUUAGAUUGUGCCCCUUUCUGGUAAUGUUAUCAUUGUAACCUAUUGCAUUAAUUUAGUCAAAAUAUAAAUUUGUUGUUUAACAAAUCUAGAACCUACAAAAAGUUGGUGCUGUCCCAUCAGCGUAAUAUUCAAAACUACCUGCAAUCCACUGUUCCACGUAACGGAAACAGAUUAUCGUUUUAGAAUGAAUGAAAUGUUUGCAUAAAUCAAUGGUGUUACGCAAACUAUAGAAUUGAGUAAUAAUAAUUAGAAAUUGUCCAAGAACGUUUCCGAUUAAACUAUUCAGACCUCUGCUGAUAUAGCCCAGCGAGCACGACUCUCUUUCACCCACGGACUAAAACAUGGCAUUAGUAAAGUCUAUCCACAAACCACCAAAAAACGAAUAACAUAUUUGCAUUCACAUUAUUAGAAGGCAUUAUUUUCUUUCCAGUCUACCCAAACAAUUCAAAUUCGAAAUUCUCACUUAAUAUAAACUUACUUUCCUUUGUUAUCAAUUAAGAUCAUGGCCACAGCUCUAUUGCAAUUGCCAAGCCGCUAUUAUUAGAAGUCAGUAGAUUUAGGUAACUGUCCUUUCUGAUUAGGCUACAGGUAACAAAACAAACACUUGCUGUAGUUGACAAGCAUAUAUUCAAUUAAUAUCCAUAUUAAAUUCAAUAUUUUAAAUUACAACCCCAUUCUCAGUAGGUUCCUCAAGCAAACCAUUAGGAUUAGGCCACACCAAAAAACGUAUUAGCUCGAAAUCGUUCCGCUAUUCAUGUUCAAUAACUUAGCCUCUCAAUUUGAACUAAGCAAGCUGCUAAAUCGUUCAGUUUACAUCUUAAAAUAAACACUGGCUGCUAUUUCAAUCUAAGCAACCCAUGGCCAUAGUUGAAUUCUAAUCAGAAACCCAGAUUUUAGUCAGUAACACAGAACCUAUGCCUAUUGAAAUUACAAGUAAAUCCCGCAAAUAUCCCAAUUACAAUGGUUUGUAGUCUUAACAUCUGGCACAUAACACAAUUACCAGAAAAUAGCCUUAAAGGUUGUCCAAGUGUUUCUUUGCAAAGAUCUUACAUGCUCAAAGGGAAUAAAUUAGCAGUCAACAAGUCAAAUCUACAUUCAUUGAUUUGGAAACCAAAUCCACAUUCAUUGAUUUGGAAACAGAUCUGGCGAGUUUAAUCAAACGGAUUAUGUUUUUCCUUGCGUCAUAAUGAAAUUCCUUUACUACAUCACAUUAGCUCCGCAAUGAUAAUUAGUUUGAUGGAAACCCUAAAUUGGCUUUGUACUAUGUUAUAAAUUACGUAGAUCAUUUCCAGGCCUUAUGGGCAGUUUUUCCUUACAUGUUUUACUUGGAUGGAGAAAAUCCCAUAAGCCUUUAUAGUUACAUCGUUAGGGUAAGUCAAUUCCCCAUAUUUUUCAAAAAGUGGACAUACGCCACUCAGUUUCUGAGACUAUUGCCCAGACUUUGUAGACAGUCAUAUAAUGCUUAACCUUAUCUCUAUCAAAUGAUCCAUAAAUGGCACCAACUCAGAAAAUGUUUAUUUAUUGUUUCCCACCCCUGACGUAUGUCUACGUUUGGGUGCACACGUUAGUAUAUUAAUAUUAUUCCAAUUAUUACUUUAUCAAAUCUCUAGCAAUUGAUUACACACACAUAAAAUUCAUCAUAUUUUCAUACACAUUUCUAUCUCUUAUUAUCCAAACUUCAGAUUAAGACUUAUUUCCACUUUCAUACAAUGCUAUUCCCAAACACACUUAAUCAAUAUUUGUAUAACCUGCAGGAAAAUGUUAUUCUGUAAAAGGUGCCCAAAUUUGGAAUGUCAAAUCUAUCACAUUACCAUUUUACUAUAACCAAUUUUACCAUAAUCAUAAAUAACUUCUAAGGUUUCCAAAUUAGGGAAACCUGCAGGGAUCGGUCCCAUCGAGAUACAAUGGCCGGACCACACCCUAAUUUCCCCUAUUAAUACCCACGUUACUAUUUUCUCCAAUAUUCCUACACUUCUAUUUUCGUAAAGUCUUUCAUAUCUAAAUUCCUAUAUCUGCUUUUCCUGUCUUUCAGUAUAUCCACAUCAUAUGUUAUUAUUUUUAUGUUUGCUGUCACUGUGUAUUCUACUAAUGUACAUCCCUUUAUCCUAUAUCUGAAUGCCGCUGGUUCUCAUUCUAUUCUUCGUCUUGGCAUUUAUUCCCUAACUUUCCUUUUUAGUUUUCCUUUUUACUUCUUUAUAUACUUGUUUAUACCUGGACGGCUAGUCCAUAUCUCAAAUUCUCCUAGAUAGUUUUCUAGUAUUACUAUUUCCUGUAUCCACCACUGUUUAAAUAAUUGUGGUUUGACUGUUAUCUUUUCUCCCGGUCCACGCCACCACCUUCGAAUGUUAUAUUGAGGUGUUCUUAUUUGUGCCCACCUUGCUCUUAAUUCUAACCCUCCUGGAAACGUGCAUUUUUCCACACUCAGUAUGUCAAUGAACAUUCACGCACCGUUUAUUCUUCUCCUCCUAAAGCGAGACAGAAACUUCAAGCGACCUCAAAUCUAGUCCCUUUCCUGAUUCACCUCCUCAACACAGAAAGGGCUAUUAUUCGCAGGAUUUAUUUUUCUUUUCUGAUCACCCACAAAGAUGAGCAGCCGCUCGCGCCAAAAUAAAUCGAACAGAAUGGCCAGCAGGACGAACAAAUGAAUCAGACGAAUUGAACAAAUACACCAGAUGAACAACUGAGUGACCUCAAUGAAUUGAAUGCAUGAAUUGAGUCAGACCGGUUGACCAAGAUGAACGGAUUGCUUUCGCAAACUCGAACAGGUCAAAUAAAACCAGUCUUGUACAAAACGAGUCAGACAAAACAAUCGAAUCAAACAGAUUGAUCAAACUGAUCAAAUGAGCAACCUGAAUGAGACAGAUGAACCAUCCAACUUAACCAAACUGAAUGAAUCACAGCCGCCCAAGCAAACUAUCCACCCACACAGGCUGAGCAGACCUACUCUACCUAGCGCUUUCUCUAUGUAUUGCAGCCCUUGCGGCUAUUUCGCUUCUGCUCACCUACACAGGAUGAGCAGCGCUACUCUAAUUAUUACAUCACCUACUCAGGAUGAUCAGAACUACCCUACCUAACUUUCCUCUAUGUAUUGCAGCCCUGGGCUAUAUACACAGGAUUUUUUAAAUUUAUGCACAGCCUACCCGCGCAGCCCUCUAACGAUGCACUUCCUCAACACGUUAGAGUGGUAUCCAUAGGCAGCCUAUCCGGGCAGUCCUUUUGAGCUCUAACCUUAGCUCUCCAAAGCGAUAUCCAUAGGCUCUUAGACUUAUAUGACUGAAACAACAAUAUUACAUGCAUGCUUAUUUCUCAUUCCAACAAAUACUCUGUACUUUUCCUAGAUUUAGUCCAUAAUACUGCAGAGACCCCCGGUACCUGACCUUCCAGAAUCAGCUGAGCGAACCACACAAUUUCUAUGCUAAAAGUAAGAGCGCUGCUUACCUCUGUUUACAGUGGCCACUGUGUUUGUGUGAUUCGUUCAGCCUCCUCCAGAUGGCGCAGCACCCCUAUGGUUUCUUUUUCCAGUCCCUUCGUGUUCGCCAAUUAUGUUGUAGAAAAUUAUCAAACAAACAAAGUACUUUCAGAGUUUUUGUAGAAUCAAGAUAGACUUUAUUACACAAGCAAUAGAGCCGAGCUGGUCUGCAGAGCAACUGCCGUCCCAGACUUGGAGCUCUCUUUUUAUACAGCUUCAUCUUUUCAUAUCAUAUCUGAGCCACUAUGGUUUCUUUGUCUAGCUUCUUUCCUGUCUAUCCCCAUGUCUGCUUGGUCUCCUUUUCAUAUCAUAUCGGAACCCCCUCUUUAUCCAAACAGCCCCCCUCCCUUGACCUGGAGCCACUAUGGUUUUCUUCUUGUGGCUAUGUGUAUCGGGUCAUAGCGCACAAACAAGUGAUAACUGUAGUUCCGUAACUACUCAUAUCUCCACACAGCUGUGCCAUUGAAAGAUAGUAAAAGACAGGAUGAACUGAAAAACUGUGGUCACUCUGAGGCUCUUUGUCUUGACCGUGUGACCAGGUUACUCAGAAGCAACGAGAAAUGGAAACAAUACAGGUCUAUCUGUUCCUAAAGUUUAUCUCCAUCCCAUGUCCUUGACAUAUUAUAAUAUAUGUAAUGGAAAAAUACCUAUAGAGCCAUUUCAUCAUGGCUCUGUUUUAACCCUUUCAUUGGCAUAUAGGGCAUAUAGGUGUUUCAUUCUACAACAUGCAUAAUUCAUAUAAUUGGUUUACAUUUACAUUACAUUUACGUCAUUUAGCAGACGCUCUUAUCCAGAGCGACUUUCAAAUUGGUGCAUUCAACUUAUGAUAGCCAGUGGGACAACCACUUUUUAUUUUAUUAUAUUUUUUAUGGGGGGGUGGGGGAGGGGGGUAGAAGGAUUACUUUUAUACUAUUCCAGGUAUUCCUUAAAGAGGUAGGGUUUGUUCUGUUGCCUGCCCUUAAGUGAGACAGAGUAGUUCACUAAACAUCUAUAUUAUAUAGCCAUAACAAAAGGGUUGAAUACUCUGGCACCCCAAUGGUGGAACAAGCUCCCUCACGACGCCAGGACAGCGGAGUCACUCACCACCUUCCGGAGACAUUUGAAACCCAACCUCUUUAAGGAACACCUGGGAUAGGAUAAGUCAUCCUUCUACCCCCCCUUACCCCACCCCACCCCCCCAAAAAAAUAUAUAAUUGUAAAGUAGUUAUCCCACUGGCUAUAAGGUGAAUGCACCAAUUUGUAAGUCGCUCUGGAUAAGAGUGUCUGCUAAAUGACGUAAAUGUAAAUGUUAUAGACAUUUCAGCUUUUAAUUUUUAAUUAAUUUGUAAAAAUAUCUAAAAACAUAAUUCCACUUUGAUAUUAUGGGGUAUUAUGUGUAGGCCAGUGACACAAUAUCUCAAUUUAAUCCAUUUUAAAUUCAGGCUAUAACACAACAACAUUUGGAAAAAGUCAAGGGGUGUGAAUACUUUCUGAAGGCACUGUAAAUGUGUCAGAUCUAAUAGUAAAUGGAUACCCACUACCACUCUGCCUCGUUCUUACCACUCAUUUGGAGAUCUGAAAGUUAUCUAUAACCUUGCCAGACAUGCUGUGGAGCUAUUCAACUCAAUUACUAGUAGUUUGUCAUCUUACCUAAUCCAGUUAUUGGCAACAUUGAUGGGGUGGGGGCCACAAACAAUCUGAACUCAUCAUGAGGAACCACAGUUGCUCGCGGGUCUGUGUACCCACAUCCAUACCCACACAUGCAGUCAGAGCUGGCCCUAGACUUUUGGGGGCCCUAAGUGAAAUGAAGCUUUUUUUGUUGUUUAAAAAAAAACUAAUUUCAGGCAAUUCUAACCAUUUUGCCAUGGGACAUAGAGAACAUGUUUGUUUUAAAGAAAGUUUGCUGCACUUCUAACCAUUUUGCCAUGGGGCGGAGAGAAAAAUGUGCAGUUUCACAGCAAAUUUGUCACGGUUUCGGCCGAGGCUGCUCCUCCUCCUUGCUCGGGCAGGUUUCGGCGGUCGUCGUCCCCGGAGUACUAGCUGCCACCGAUCUAUGUUUCAUGUUCGUUUGGUUUUGUCUUGAUGUUGUACACCUGUUUCUAGUUAGUCUUCAUUAGUGUCCUAUUUAGUUCUCGUUGUGUGUGUCAGGUUUUGUGUGUGAUUACGCUUCUGUUUGGUGUUCUGAGCUACGUGUUUCCCUCCGUUGUUUUGGAGAGGUUUUCGCACAUGUUAGUGCGCCUUUUGUUUGACGCCUGUGUGCGCCUUUAUUUCGCCUCCGGGCUUGUUGGACUCGUGUACUACGUGAAUAUUUCACUAAAGUCUUUUGGACUUAGUUUCUGCGUCCUGCACUUGAUUCCUGCACCACACCCACCUUCAGCACCCGUGACAGAAUCACACACCAUAUAUAAUGGAAUCAGCAGGAGCAACAGCCACACCUGAGUCGCUGGAGGAGCAUGUCCGCGGCCAGGAUGACCAGAUCAGACAACUGGGGACCGCUCUACAGGAUGUCAUCAACACCCUGCACCGAUGGGAGUCCAGAGGGGUACCCACACCUCCACCUACCUUGCCACCCCCAUCGGCCGGUCCACCAGUCCCAGGUCCGGAACCCAGUGGGAUUCGGCUCUCGCUCCCGAGGGCGUAUGACGGCACAGCUGCCGGGUGUCAGGGGUUCCUCCUGCAGGUGGAGCUCUACCUGGCCACUGUACACCCGGUGCCCUCGGGACACGAGAUUGUUUCCGCCCUCAUCUCCUGUCUCACGGGCAAGGCGUUGGAAUGGGCCAACGCCGAGUGGAGGAGGAUGGACGCCACCACCAUCUCCUACGCAGAGUUCUCCCGUCGCUUCAAGGCCGUGUUCGACCAUCCACCUGAGGGCAAAGCGGCGGGGGAGCGUCUGUUCUACCUGAGACAGGGGAGGAGGAGCGCACAGGCGUUCGCACUGGAGUUCCGGACUCUAGCGGCAGACGCAGGGUGGAAUGAACGGGCCCUCAUCGACCAUUUUCGAUGUAGUCUACGGGAGGAUGUUCAACCUGAGUUGGCCUGCAGGGACACCAAUUUCACCUUCGACCAGUUGGUCGACAUGUCCAUCCGUCUGGACACCCUGCUGGCCACCCGUGGACGUCCCGAGUGGGGUCCGUCCAUUCCACCCUCCAGCACCUCCGAGCCGAGCCCUAUGGAGCUCGGGGGUGCUGGCGCUAGAGAAAGGAGGAGGAGGAGCCCGAGGGGGCCUGUCCCCUGCACCAAUUGUGGCCGGAAGUUUUGUUUAGAUUUAGGGAUUCCCCUCCUGCCUGUUGACAAGCCUUUUCCCGUUCAUGCUUUAGAUAGCCGCCCGUUGGGGUCGGGGUUGAUUAGGGAAAUCACAGCGCCACUUAGGAUGUGUGCGCAGGGGGGUAAUGAGGAGACUAUACAGCUAUAUCUGAUCGACUCUCCUGCGUACCCGGUGGUGCUGGGAAUUCCCUGGUUAAGUACCCAUAACCCUGCCAUUUCGUGGCAACAGAGAGCUCUCAAUGGGUGGUCUGCUCAGUGUGAGGGGCGAUGUCUGGGUGUUUCCGUGGGGGGCGACUUCGGUGGAAAGUCCAAACCAAGUGCCCGCACUGCACAUUCCGCCUGAAUAUGGGGAUUUGGCUAUCGUGUUUAGUAAAGCUAGGGCGACACAGUUGCCUCCUCAUAGACAGGGGGAUUGUGCGAUUGAUCUCCAGGCAGGAGCAGCGCUCCCACGGAGCCACGUGUAUCCUUUGUCUCAAGAGGAGAGAAAAGCUAUGGAGACUUACAUAGCCGAAUCUUUGAGACAGGGAUACAUACGGCCCUCCACUUCUCCCGCGUCCUCGAGCUUCUUUUUUGUGAAGAAAAAAGAUGGAGGGUUGCGCCCGUGCAUUGAUUACCGUGGUCACAAUCAGAUUACUGUGCAAUACAGUUAUCCACUCCCUCUGAUUGCGACCAUGACGGAGUCAUUGCACGGAGCGCGGUUUUUCACAAAACUGGAUCUCAGGAGCGCGUAUAACUUGGUGCGCAUUAGGGAGGGCGACGAAUGGAAAACAGCGUUUAGUACCACUUCGGGUCAUUUAGAGUAUCUCGUCAUGCCAUACGGGUUGAUGAAUGCUCCAUCAGUCUUCCAAUCCUUCGUGGAUGAGAUUUUCCGGGACAUGCAGGGGCAAGGGGUGGUCGUGUACAUUGAUGACAUUCUAGUGUACUCGCCUACCUGAGCCGAGCAUGUAGCCCUGGUGCGUCGUGUAUUGAGGAGGCUGUUGGAGCACGACCUGUAUGUCAAGGCAGAGAAAUGUCUGUUUUUCCAGGAGUCGGUCUCCUUUUUGGGUUAUCGGUUGUCCGCGUCAGGGGUGAGAAUGGAGGUGGACCGUGUGUCAGCCGUGCGUAAUUGGCAAACCCCAACCACUGUCAAAGAGGUGCAGCAGUUCUUGGGCUUUGCGAAUUACUACCGGAGGUUUAUCCGGGGUUUUGGACAGGUGGCAGCUCCCAUCACAUCCCUUCUGAAAGGGGGUCCGGUGCGCCUGCAGUGGUCAGCCGAGGCGGACAGGGCCUUUGGGAGACUGAAGGACCUGUUUACGUCGGCUCCGGUGCUGGCACAUCCGGUUCCCGCCUUACCCUUUCAGGUCGAGGUGGACGCUUCUGAGGCCGGUAUAGGGGCCGUACUCUCUCAACGGUCAGGCACGCCACCUAAACUCUGCCCCUGUGCUUUUUAUUCUAAGAAGCUCAGCCCGGCGGAGCGAAAUUAUGACGUCGGGGACAGGGAGCUGUUAGCUGUAGUCCAGGCCCUUAAGGUGUGGAGGCAUUGGCUUGAGGGGGCUCAACACCCUUUCCUCAUUUUGACUGACGAUCGGAACCUGGAGUACAUCCGGGCAGCGAGGAGACUGAACCCUCGCCAGGCUCGAUGGAGUAUGUUUCUCGCCAGGUUCGUAUUUAAAAUCACGUACAUCCCUGGGUCCCAGAACGGUAAGGCAGAUGCGCUGUCCCGGCGGUAUGACACGGAGGAGAGGUCCGUUGAGCCUACUCCCAUACUACCGGCGUCUUGUCUUGUGGCACCGGUUGUGUGGGAGGUCGAUGCUGAAAUCGAGCGGCGUUGCGUGCCGACCCUAGCCCUCCACAGUGUCCUGUGGGUCGGAAGUACGUUCCGCUCGAGAUUCGGGAUCGACUCAUUUACUGGGCUCACACGUCACCCUCCUCUGGACAUCCGGGUAUUGGCCGGACAGUGCAUUGUCUUAGCACUAAAUACUGGUGGCCCACGUUAGCCAGGGAUGUGAGGGUUUAUGUCUCCUCCUGCUCGGUGUGCGCCCAGUGUAAGGCGCCCAGACACCUGCCCAGGGGUAAGUUACAACCCCUGCCCGUUCCACAACGACCAUGGUCCCACCUCUCAGUGGAUUCUGUGACAGACCUUCCCCCCUCGCAGGGGAAUACCACCAUCCUGGUCGUUGUGGACCGGUUCUCUAAGGCCUGUCGUCUUCUCCCUAUGUCGGGUCUUCCUACUGCCCUACAGACCGCAGAGGCACUAUUUACCCACGUCUUCCGGCAUUACGGGGUACCCGAGGAUAUAGUGUCUGAUCGAGGCCCCCAGUUUACCUCCCGAGUCUGGAGAGCGUUCAUGGAGCGUUUGGGGGUCUCGGUGAGCCUUACCUCGGGGUACCACCCGGAGAGCAAUGGGCAGGUAGAACGAGUCAACCAGGAUGUGGGUAGGUUUCUGAGGUCGUAUUGCCAGGACCGGCCGGAGGAGUGGGCUCGGUAUAUUCCCUGGGCCGAGAUGGCCCAGAACUCUCUCCGCCACUCCUCUACCAACCUAUCCCCCUUCCAAUGUGUGUUAGGUUACCAGCCGGUUCUGGCACCUUGGCAGCAGAGCCAGAUCGAGGCCCCUGCGGUGGAUGAUUGGAUGAGGCGCUCGGAGGAGACGUGGAACGCUGCACACGUCCACCUGCAGCGGGCCAUCCGUCGACACAAGGCGAGCGCCGAUCUCCACCGCAGUGAGGGGCCGGUGUACGCACCCGGAGAUCGAGUCUGGCUCUCAACCAGAAACCUGCCCCUCCGCCUGCCCUGCCGGAAGCUGGGUCGGCGGUUUGUGGGGCCUUUUAAAGUCCUGAGAAGAUUGAACGAUGUGUGUUAUAGGUUACAUCUGCCUAUUGAAUAUAAGAAUAUUAACCCCUCGUUCCAUGUGUCUCUUCUCAGGCCGGUGGUAGCUGGUCCACUCCAGGAAGGUGAGAUAGGAGAGACUCCUCCGCCCCCACUGGACAUCGAGGGGGCUCCGGCGUACACCGUUCGGUCCAUCUUGGACUCAAGACGCCGGAUGGGGGGUCUCCAGUAUCUCGUGGAGUGGGAGGGGUACGGCCCGGAGGAGCGGUGCUGGGUGCCACGGAGGGACAUCCUAGACCCGUCUCUCCUGUCGGAAUUCCACCGGGGCCAUCCCACGCGCCCUGCUCCGCAUCCUCCUGGUCGUCCCCGAGGCCGGGGUCGGCGCACGGCUGGAGCCGCGCGUCAAGGGGGGGGGGGGGGGGGGGGUUACUGUCACGGUUUCGGCCGAGGCUGCUCCUCCUCCUUGCUCGGGCAGGUUUCGGCGGUCGUCGUCCCCGGUGUACUAGCUGCCACCGAUCUAUGUUUCAUGUUCGUUUGGUUUUGUCUUGAUGUUGUACACCUGUUUCUAGUUAGUCUUCAUUUGUGUCCUAUUUAGUUCUCGUUGUGUGUGUCAGGUGUUGUGUGUGAUUACGCUUCUGUUUGGUGUUCUGAGCUACGUGUUUCCCUCCGUUGUUUUGGAGAGGUUUUUCGCACAUGUUAGUGCGCCUUUUGUUUGACGCCUGUGUGCGCCUUAAUUUCGCCUCCGGGCUUGUUGGACUCGUGUACUACGUGAAUAUUUCACUAAAUUCUUUUGGACUUAGUUUCUGCGUCCUGCGCUUGAUUCCUGCACCACACCCACAUUCAGCACCCGUGACAAAUUUCCUGUAUUUCUACACAUUUUGCCAUAGGGUGGAGAGAAAUGUUUGCCAUUUUUAAUAUGAUAUCUGAGUGAGAGUGACUAACAAAAUUGACCAUGAUUACUACAAGUUUAGAUAGCUGUCUAGACUAAUUUAACAGUCAAAUUUUUUUUUGCUGACAUGGGCUAAUUGAGUGACUGUCAGUGACUGACAUAACAGGAGAAAAACUUCUGAUGCACAACCAAACUUCUAAAUUGCACCUUGUGUAUUCUGCUAUUUUAACUCUCAACAAUAAGUUGAGACCCCCACUGAUGCCGCAUUCACAUGCUAGUCGGAACUAGGAAACUCUGAAAUUUCAGAGUUGGUAAUUCGUUGAACACGAAUUACAAGUUAGACAUUUCAGAGUUUCCUAGUUCUGACUAGCACGUGAACACGGCUAUUGUGCCACCAGUUGCCCAUCCCUGGUCUAAUCAGAAACUGCAGUCAAGCGUUUAACAAUUGUUUAUUUUCUGGAGAAGUUCAAGCUGAAGGAAGACAUUCAAGGUGAAGGACUCGUCUAGACAAAGAUAAUCACAUACUCAUCAUUAGUCUAUGACUCAUAUGACCUGUCUCUUCACUUCCUCACCUCUAACCUUUGUUCUCAUCAAUCACUCUCUUUCUUUGUUUCUUCCGGCUGUGCCCCUUCCUCUCUCUCUAUUCUCUCUCUCUCCUCUCUCUCUCUCUCUAUCUUCCUCUCCUCUCGAUCUUCUCUAUCUCUAUCUUCUCUCUGCUCUCUCUCUCUCUCUCUCUCUCUCUCUCUCCUCUCUCCUCUCUCUCUUCUCUCUUCAUCUCUCUCUCUCUUCUCUCUCGCGCGUCCUCUCUCCUCUGGGGGGUUUUUUGCCUUUUAUUUGUUUGGGGGUUUUUUGAUAACCCCUUUUUGGGGCCCCUUUUUUCCCCUUUUUUAAAAAAAUUUUUCCCCUUUGUUUUUUUGGUUAAUGGGGUUGGGGGGACCUUUGAAAAAAUAAUACAUAACCCCCUAUUUUUUGGCCCGUCCCACCCCCCCUUAACCCCCCCCAAAUUUUUUUCCUCUUUUUUUUUUUUGGGGGUUUUUUUUUAAAACCCCCGGGGGUUUUUCCCCUUUUCCCCUUUUUUUUGGGACUUUUUCCCCCCUUUUUUUUCCCCUUUUUUUUCUUUUUUCCCCCCUUUUUUUCCCCCUCUCCCUCCCCCUUCCCUUUUUCCCCCCUUUUCCCCCCCCUUCCCCCUUUUUCCCCCUCUCCCCUUCCCCCCUUUCCCCCCCUUUUUUCCCCCUUUCUUUAUUUUUUCCCCCUUCCCCCAUCAUUCUUUUUUCCUUUUCCCUUUUCCCCUUUUUCCUCCCUUCUUUCAAACUCUCUCUCUCUCUUCUCUCUUCCUCUCUCUCUCUCUCUAGGUGUGUAUGCGUUCGGACCUGUUUCUCCACAGACAUAUUUGUGAAUGCAGGCCAGGUUGUGACAGGAAACCUGUCCCCCCACUUCCUGACAGUGUGUAAGCCCAACUACACGGCCCUGGGCUGCAUGCAGACUGCCCGCUUCGUCAACCAAAAGGGGGCGUGCACGGGAAACGAGGACGACAUCAUGCGCAGCCGCAAAUCCUUCCCCUCCAAAGAGGCGGCACUCAGUGUCUACGCCGCGCUCUACACAGCGGUAAGUGUAGUAUACUAUUUGUAGAAGUUACCAUAUUUGUUUGUUUGUUGGUGGGCGUUUUUCCUAUUUUGUUGCAUUACAACCUGUAAUUUAAAUGGAUUUUUAUUUGUAUUUCAUGUAAUGGACAUACACAAAAUAGUCCAAAUUGGUGAAGUGAAAUGAAAAAAAUAACUUGUUUCAAAAAUGUCUACAAAAUAAAUAACGGAAUAGUGGUGCGUGCAUACAGUGGGGAGAACAAGUAUUUGAUACACUGCCGAUUUUGCAGGUUUUCCUACUUACAAAGCAUGUAGAGGUCUGUAAUUUUUAUCAUAGGUACACUUCAACUGUGAGAGACGGAAUCUAAAACAAAAAUCCAGAAAAUCACAUUGUAUGAUUUUUAAGUAAUUAAUUUGCAUUUUAUUGCAUGACAUAAGUAUUUGAUCACCUACCAACCAGUAAGAAUUCCGGCUCUCACAGACCUGUUAGUUUUUCUUUAAGAAGCCCUCCUGUUCUCCACUCAUUACCUGUAUUAACUGCACCUGUUUGAACUCGUUACCUGUAUAAAAGACACCUGUCCACACACUCAAUCAAACAGACUCCAACCUCUCCACAAUGGCCAAGACCAGAGAGCUGUGUAAGGACAUCAGGGAUAUAUUAAUGUAGACCUGCACAAGGCUGGGACGGGCUACAGGCCAAUAGGCAAGCAGCUUGGUGAGAAGGCAACAACUGUUGGCGCAGUUAUUAGAAAAUGGAAGAAGUUCAAGAUGACGGUCAAUCACCCUCGGUCUGGGGCUCCAUGCAAGAUCUCACCUCGUGGGGCAUCAAUAAUCAUGAGGAAGAUGAGGGAUCAGCCCAGAACUACACGGCAGGACCUGGUCAAUGACCUGAAGAGAGCUGGGACCACAGUCUCAAAGAAAACCAUUAGUAACACACUACGCCGUCAUGGAUUAAAAUCCUGCAGCACACGCAAGGUCCCCCUGCUCAAGCCAGCGCAUGUCCAGGCCCGUCUGAAGUUUGCCAAUGACCAUCUGGAUGAUCCAGAGCAGGAAUGGGAGAAGGUCAUGUGGUCUGAUGAGACAAAAAUAGAGCUUUUUGGUCUAAACUCCACUCGCCGUGUUUGGAGGAAGAAGAAGGAUGAGUACAAACAACCCCAAGAACACCAUCCCAACUGUGAAGCAUGGAGGUGGAAACAUCAUUCUUUGGGGAUGCUUUUCUGCAAAGGGGACAGGACGACUGCACCGUAUUGAGAGGAGGAUGGAUGGGGCCAUGUAUCGCGAGAUCUUGGCCAACAACCUCCUUCCCUCAGUAAGAGCAUUGAAGAUGGGUCGUGGCUGGGUCUUCCAGCAUGACAACGACCCGAAACACACAGCCAGGGCAACUAAGGAGUGGCUCCUUAAGAAGCAUCUCAAGGUCCUGGAGUGGCCUAGCCAGUCUCCAGACCUGAUCCCAAUAGAAAAUCUUUGGAGGGAGCUGAAAGUCCGUAUUGCCCAGCGACAGCCCCGAAACCUGAAGGAUCUGGAGAAGGUCUGUAUGGAGGAGUGGGCCAAAAUCCCUGCUGCAGUGUGUGCAAACCUGGCCAAGACUUACAGGAAACGUAUGAUCUCUGUAAUUGCAAACAAAGGUUUCUGUACCAAAUAUUAAGUUCUGCUUUUCUGAUGUAUCAAAUACUUAUGUCAUGCAAUAAAAUGCAAAUUAAUUACUUAAAAAUCAUACAAUGUGAUUUUCUGGAUUUUUGAAAAUUACAGACCUCUACAUGCUUUGUAAGUAGGAAAACCUGCAAAAUCGGCAGUGUAUCAAAUACUCCCCACUGUAUGUAUUCACCCCCUUUGCUACGAAGCCCCCAAAUAAGAUCUGGUGCAACCAAUUACUUUCAGAAGUCACAUAAUUAGUUAAAUAAAGUCCACCUGUGUGCAAUCUAAGUGUCACAUAAUCUGUCACAUGAUCUCAGUGUAUAUACACCUGUUCUGAAAGGCCCCAGAGUGCAACACCACUAAGCAAGGGGCACCACCAAGCAAGCAGCACCAUGAAGACCAAGGAGCUCUCCAAACAGGUCAGGGACAAAGUUGUGGAGAAGUACAGAUCAGGGUUGGGUUAUAAAAAAAUAUCCAACACUUUGAACAUCCCACGGAGCACCAUUAAAUCCAUUAUUAAAAAAUGGAAAGAAUAUGGCACCACAACAAUCCUGUCAAGAGAGGGCCGCCCACCAAAACUCACGGACCAGGCAAGGAGGGCAAUAAUCAGAGAGGCAACAAAGAGACCAAAGAUAACCCUGAAGGAGCUGCAAAACUACACAGCGGAGAUUGGAGUAUCUGUCCAUAAGACCACUUUAAGCCGUACACUCCACAGAGCUGGGCUUUACGGAAGAGUGGCCAGAAUAAAGCCAUUGCUUAAAGAAAAAAAUAAGCAAACACGUUUGGUGUUCGCCUGUGGGAGACUCCCCAAACAUAUGGAAGAUGAGACUAAAAUUGAGCUUUUUGGCCAUCAAGGAAAACGCUAUGUCUGGCGCAAACCAAACACCUCUCAUCACACCGAGAACACCAUCCCCACAGUGAAGCAUGGUGGUGGCAGCAUCAUGCUGUGGGAUGUUUUUCAUUGGCAGAGACUGGGAAACUGGUCAGAAUUGAAGGAAUGAUGGAUGGCACUAAAUACAGGGAAAUUCUUGAGGGAAAUCAGUUUCAGUCUUCCAGAGAUUUGAGACUGGGACGGAGGUUCACCUUCCAGCAGGACAAUGACCAUAAGCACACUGCUAAAGCAACACUCGAGUGGUUUAAGGGGAAACAUUUAAAAGUCUUGGAAUGGCCUAGUCAAAGCCCAGACCUCAAUCCAAUUGAGAAUCUGUUGUAUGACUUAACGAUUGCUGGUCACCAGCGGAACCCAUCCAACUUGAAGGAGCUGGAGCAGUUUUACCUUGAAGAAUGGGCAAAUAUCCCAGUGGCUAGAUGUGCCAAGCUUAUAGAGACAUACCCCAAGAGACUUGCAGCUGUAAUUGCUGCAAAAGAUUGCUCUACAAAGUAUUGACUUUGGGGGGGGGGUGAAUAGUUAUGCAUGCCAAAGUUUUCAGUUUUUUUGUCUUAUUUCAAGUUUGUUUCACAAUAAAAAAUAUUUUGCAUCUUCAAAGUGGUAGGCAUGUUGUGUAAAUGAAAUGAUACAACCCCCCCAAAAAAUCUAUUUUUAUUCCAGGUUGUAAGGCAACCAAAUAGGAAAAAUGCCAAGGGGGUGAAUACUUUCGCAAGCCACUGUAUACAGUACAUACAGUGAGUGGGGGAUCUCAUGCUAACUAUGCAUAUCUGAUCCUGCCGACUACGCCAAAUGUACUACUAAGGACAGUUUGAAGAUGAUCUAUGCCACUUUUUUUAAAGGCCUAUUAUACAUACUUAAUUUCUAUUGGUGGUCCUACUUCAGAAGUUUGAUGUUAACUCUGCCCAUAUCUCUUUAACAUUUGAGAAUACAGAAUCUUCCCUGAUCUGUCCAAAGCGAGGUUGCUGCUAUCAAAUCCUAUAUUGAAUUUCUGCUUAUUUCAGAAUGUUCAUGAUUGCCCAUUAAUUUCAUGUUUAUGAGACUGAACUUGGUUCCAUUAAAAGUUGUUUUGCCUAUACUUCUUUGAACAGCCAAAUUAUGUUAAUUUGUACAAUAGACAGUUGUACAAUAUCCCUGUGGUAACCAUCUGUUUAGUUCAGAUUUAGAACAUAAUUGCAUCUAUGUUUACAAAAGUAGGUCCAUAUCUUUUCACCCCAAGCAUAUAUUGUGCUGCUGCUGCUGUGCUAUUGAAUUAAACAGUUGGAUCUAGGCUGAGCAGAAUGCUGCUCCGUUGAUGUUUUGGAGGGUUGCUGCUGUUGUUGUUGAUGUCUGUUGUUGAGCACUUUGAAUAAUAAUAAUAAUUAUUAGUAUUAUUUAUUUUUUAAUAAUGGGGGUAUAUCAGCUUUAAUAUUGCAGACAGAUUGUAACUUCAAUUAAUGUAAUUGUCUGCAUCACUUCCAAUCCCCCAUAUGUUUUUUUUCUUCUUGCAAAUAUACAGUUGAAGUCGGAGGUUUACAUACACAUACACAGUUUUUCAACCACUCCACAAAUGUCUUGUUAACAAACUAUAGUUUUGGCAAGUUGGUUAGGACAUCUACUUUGUGCAUGACACAAGUAAUUUUUCCAACCAUUGUUUACAGACAGAUUCUUUCACUUAUAAUUCACUGUAUCACAAUUCCAGUGGGUCAGAAGUUUACAUACACUAAGUUGACUGUGCCUUUAAACGGCUUGGAAAAUUCCAGAAAAUGAUGUCAUGGCUUUAGAAGCUUCUGAUAGGCUAAUUGACAUCAUUUGAGUCAAUUGGAGGUGUACCUGUGGAUGUAUUUCAAGGCCUACCUUCAAACUCAGUGCCUCUUUGCUUGACAUCAUGGGAAAAUCAAAAGAAAUCAGCCAAGACCUUAGAAAAAAAAUGGUAGACCUCCACAAGUCUGGUUCAUCAUUGGGAGCAAUUUCCAAACGCCUGAAGGUACCACAUUCAUCUGUACAAACAAUAGUACGCAAGUAUAAACACCAUGGGACCACGCAGCCGUCAUACCGCUCAGGAAGGAAACACGUUCUGUCUCCUAUAGGUGAACGUACUUUGGUGCGAAAAGUGCAAAUCAAUCCCAGAACAACAGCAAAGGACCUUGUGAAGAUGUUGGAGGAAACAGGUACAAAAGUAUCUAUAACCACAGUAAAAUGAGUCCUAUAUCGACAUAACCUGAAAGGCCGCUCAGCCAGGAAGAAGCCACUGCUCCAAAACCGGCAUAAAAAAGCCAGACUACGGUUUGCAACUGCACAUGGGGACAAAGAUCGUACUUUUUGGAUAAAUGUCCUCUGGUCUGAUGAAACAAAAAUAGAACUGUUUGGCCAUAAUGACCAUCGUUGUGUUUGGAGGAAAAAUGGGGAAGGGUUGCAAGCCGAAGAACACCAUCCCAACCGUGAAGCACGGGGGUGGCAGCAUUAUGCUGUGGGGUUGCUUUGCUGCAGGAGGGACUGGUGCACUUCACAAAAUAGAUGGCAUCAUGAGGAAGGAAAAUUAUGUGGAUAUAUUGAAGCAACAUCUCAAGACAUCAGUCAGGAAGUUAAAGUUUGGUCGCAAAUGGGUCUUCCAAAUGGACAAUGACCCAAAGCAUACUUCCAAAGUUGUGGCAAAAUGGCUUAAGGACAACAAAGUCAAGGUAUUGGAGUGGCCAUCACAAAGCCCUGACCUCAAUCCUAUAGAAAAUUUGUGGGCAGAACUGAAAAAGCGUGUGCGAGCAAGGAGGCCUACAAACCUGACUCAGUUACACCAGCUCUGUCAGGAGGAUGGGCCAAAAUUCACCCAACUUAUUUUGGGAUAAAGUGGUGAUCCUAACUGACCUAAGACAGGGAAUUUUACUAGGAUUAAAUGUCAGGAAUUGUGAAAAACUGAGUUUAAAUGUAUUUGGCUAAGGUGAAUGUAAACUUCCGACUUCAACUGUACAUACACAUACAGUGGGGAAAAAAAGUAUUUAGUCAGCCACCAAUUUAGUCAGCCACUAAAUACUUUUUUUCUCUACUGUACAUAUAAAUACAUAUACAUACAUAUAUAUAUACAUAUCCUUUAAAAAAAUAUAUUUCCCUUUAUUACUUUCCAACUUUGAUCAAAUUAGUUCUUAUUGAAGAGUUUCCUCUCUGAAGACGGUGCAGGGAGAACGGUGCUCCAAAAUCAGCAGCAUCACCGCCCCAUCCUAUUCUGUGCUCCCUCAUUUCCAGUUUCAGCUCAAGUGGCUUGCCCUCCAAGAUUGGAUGUCUCUGUUUUUCUCAAAGCGACUGAUUGUAUGUGAAGCCCGAAGGUAGAGGCUAGACACAGCAAUUUGGGGACAUCCUUUUCAGAAACGAUAACAGUUAAUGAUAAUGGAACCUUCGAAGAUUACUAUAAAACUGUCAGAUCUGUUUGGCUCAGUUGUUAAGAGCAUGGCGCUAGCAGGCUAGCCACACCAAGGUUGUGGGUUAAUUUCCUGCAGGGAUCACAGCCACACACAUAUUAAAAAUGCAUGCGAUCACUGUACUGUAAGUUGCUUUGGAAGUGUCUUCUAAGUGGCAUAUUUGUAUUAGUGUCAGAUGGAUAAGUAUGUUACUCCAGUGUUGCCACAAUAUAUAGUACAGUACAGUCAUGUUCCUGUUAAUGAGAGAGAAGUCGGACCUCUAGGCUACUUAACAUGGCGCUUCAGGGCAAAUUAACUUUCACUUAACCUCAUACAUGAGUGGCUAAUGUAUCCGGAAUUUCUAUUAUUAACACUCAUCCAGCAUUAGAAUGUUAAGAAGACAGUAUUUAUAUUUGCGCAAUAAUUUCUAAUGUUUUCUUAGAAUUGUUUUAUUGUUGCCAGAGGAGGGGUACAUUUGGAGUCAAUGCAGAGCGAACGCAGGGCUAGUUAUUCAAAUUGCUUUCUGGGUAAUACUGUAGGCUAUGUCUCUGGGUCUCAGGGCUGUUCUGUGCCUACCAGCUAGCGCUUAGCUGUAGUCGCUGCCUCUGGCUCUUCAGCCUUAUUGGACAUUGUCUCUUAGAAUCAGACAUAGACUCGGCUGCAUAACCCUUGUCUCUCCUUCAUGCUUGUCGCUAGUGGGGUGAGGGACUGGAGGUGAGCUGGGAGAGUAGAAACAAUGUCCUCUCCAAACGUUACUAGAGCAAAAGUUUUAUCUCAUCUCCACUUCAUUGAAACUGCAAGUUCAUUGAAAUGUUAAAUGUAUACUGAACAAAAAUAUAAACGCAACUUGUAAAGUGUUGGUCCCAUGUUUCAUGAGCUGAAAUAAAAGAUCCCAGAAAUUUUCCAUACGCACAAAAUUCUUAUUUCUUUCAAAUUUGUGCACAAAUUUGUUUACAUCCCUGUUAGUGAGCAUUUCUACUUUGCCAAUAUAAUCUAUCCACCUGUGUCACGAUCGUCAUAAUGGUUGGACCAAGGCGCAACGUGAUAUGCGUACAUCUCUUUAAUAGUGUACUAGCAACACGAUACAAAAUACAAAACAACAAAACGAAACGUGAAGUCCUCGGUCAUGAACACAAACCAACACGGAACAAGAUCCCACCAAACACAAAUGCACAACAGGCUGCCUAAGUAUGGUUCCCAAUCAGAGACAACAAGCAACAGCUGAUUCUCGUUGCCUCUGAUUGAGAACCACCCCGGCCAACCUAGAAAACACAUGAACUAGAAACUGAACAUAGAACACAAAACAUAGACCCUACACACCCUGGCUCAACAUAUAAGAGUCCCCAGAGCCAGGGCGUGACAACCUGACAGGUGUGGCAUAUCAAGAAGCUGAUUAAACAGCAUGAUCAUUACACAGAUGCACCUUGUGCUGGGAACAAUAAAAGGCCACAGAUGUCUCAAGUUUUGAGGGGGCGUGCAAUUGGCAUGCUGACUGCAGAAAUAUAACCACGCCAGCCCAGGACCUCUACAUCCGGCUUCUUCACCUGCUGGAUCAUCUGAGGGUGGUGGGGUUCUGAAGAGUAUUUCUGUCUGUAAUAAAGCCCUUUUGUAGGGACAAAUUAAUUCUGAUUGGCUGGGCCUGGCUCCCCAGUGGGUGGGCCUAUGCCCGCCCAUGGCUGCGCCCCUGCCCAGUCAUGUGAAAUCCAUAAAUUAGGGCCUAAUUUAUUUACUUCAAUUGACUGAUUUCCUUCUAUGAACUGUAAUUCAGCAAAAUGAACUACAGAGACAUAUUUUUUUGAGCUCUUAAUAGUGUUCAUUGCAACUGACCCUGGAGCGGUAAGAUAAGCAAGCCUUACCUGAGUCAGAAUGGCCCAUAGGGCAGGAGCCUAUCUCCUGUUUCUGUAGUGUGAGGCAGCUUGACAUACAGCCCCAUAGACAGCAGAGACACCAGGUCCCAAAUGUUUUGUCUUUCAUAUGAAACGACUGGAAAUCAAACACCCAACCUUCCAAAAAGAACCAAAAAGGGUUCUUCAAAAGUUAUCUUAUGGGGACAGCUGGAGAACCCUUUUAGGUUCUAGAUAGCACCUUUUUUUCUAAGAGUGUAGAAUACCUCAUUAUAAGCUGUAGACCAGGGUUAUUCAACUCUUGCCGUACAAGGUCUGGAGCCUGUGGAACUGGCUUCAAGGUCCAGUGUUGAGUUUGAGGGCUGUAGACCACACUAUUCACCAAGAGAGUUUUCAUCUGUAUUUUUCGUAGCUAUCUAUUUACCAUCACAAACCAAUGAUGGCACUAAGCCUGCACUCACCGAGCUGUAUAGAGCCAUAUGCAAAAACGAAAAUGCUCAUCCAGAGGCAGCGCUCCUAGUGGCCAGUGAUUUUAAUGCAGGAAAACUGAAGUCCGUUUUACAUCAUUUCUACCAUCAUUUCAACUGUGCAACUAGAGGGAUGAAAACGCUAGAUCACCUUUACUCCACACACAGAGACACAUACCAAGCUCUCCCGCGCCCUCCAUUUGGCAAAUCAGACCAUAACUACAUCCUCCUGAUUCCUGCUUGCAAGCAAAAACUCAAACAGGAAGUACCAGUGACGUGCUCAACACGGAAGUGGUCCGAUGAAGUGGACGCUAAGCUACAGGACUGUUUCGCUAGCACAGACUGGAAUAUAUUCUGGGAUUCAUCCGAUGGCAUUGAGGAGUUUACCACAUCAGUCACCGGCUUUAUUAAUAAGUGCAUCGACGACGUUAUCCCCACAGUGUCAAUACAGGACUAAGAUUGAAUCCUACUACACCGGCUUUGACGCUCGUCGGAUGGGGCUGCACACUAUCCCGGAUUACAAAGUGAGACCCAGCCGAGAGCUGCCCAGUGACGCGAGCCUACCAGACGACCUAAAUGCCUUCUAUGCUCGCUUCGAGGCAAGCAACACUGUACCAUGCAUGAGAGCACCAGCUGUUCCAGAUGACUGUAUGAUCACGCUCUCCGUAGCCGAUGUGAGUAAGACAUUUAAAGAGGUUUACAUUCACAAGGCCGCAGGGCCAGACGGAUUACCAGGACACGUAUAUAGAGCUUGCGCUGACCAGUUGGCAAGUGUUUUCACUAACAUCGUCAACCUCUCUCUGACCCAGUCUGUAAUACCUACAUGUUUCAAUCAAACCACCAUAGUCCCUGUGCCUAAGUACGCCAAGGUAACCUGUCUAAAUGACUACCGCCUCUGUAGCCAUGAAAUGCUUUGAAAGGCUGGUCAUGGCUCACAUCAACACCAUCAUUCCAGACACCCUGGACCCACUCCAAUUCGCAUAGCGCCCCAACAGAUCCACAGAUGACGCAAUCUCUAUUGCAUUCCACACUGCCCUUUCCCACCUGGACAAAAGGAACACCUACGUGAGAAUGUUGUUCAUUGACUACAGCUCAGCGUUCAACAUCAUAGUGCCCUCCAAGCUCAUCACUAAGCUAAGGACCCUGGGACUGAACACCUCCCUCUGCAACUGGAUCCUGGAUUUCCUGAUGGGAUUCCACCAGGUGGUGAGUGUAGGCAACAACACAUCCACCAUGCUGCCCCUCAACAUGGGGACCCCUCAGGUGUACGUGCUGAGUCCCCUCUUGUACACCCUGUUCACCCACGACUGCGUGGCUGCGCACAACCCCAACACCAUCAUUAAGUUUGCUGAUGGUAGGCCUGAUCACUGACGACUAUGAGACAGCCUAUAGGGAGGAGGUCAGAGACCUGUCAGUGUGGUGCCAGGACAACAACCUCUCCCUCAACGUCGGCAAGACAAAGGAGCUUAUCGUGGACUACAGGAAACUGAAUCCCAAACACGCCCCCAUUCACAUCAACAGAGCUAUAGUGGAGCGGGUCAAGAGCUUCAAGUUCCUCGGUGUCCACAUCAACUAAGGACCUAUCAUGGUCCAAACACACCAACACAGUCGUGAAGAGGGCACAAAAACGCCCCUCAGGAGGCUAAAAAAGAUUUGGCAUGGGUCCUCAGAUCCUCAAAGUUCUACAGAUGCACCAUUGAAAGCAUUUUGACUGGCUGCAUCACCGCUUCGUAUGGCAACUACUCGGCAUCCGACCAUAAGGCGCUACAGAGUGAAGUGUGUACGACCCAGUACAGUACAACUCCAACACACACACACACACACACUCACACGCUCUCUCACACACACACACACACACACACACACACACACACACACUACAUACGCUCACACACAUGCAUAUUGACGCCACACACACCCACACAUACACAUUGUCACGCUUCACAUACGCUGCUGCUACUCUGUUUAUUAUCUAUCCUAAUUGCCUAGUCACUUUUACCCGUACCCACAUGUACAUGCUGUAUUACCUCAAUUACCUCAACUACCUUGUACACCUGCACAUUGACUUGGGACUGGUACUCCUUCUAUAUAGCCUCGUUAUUGUUUUUAUUCUUUUACUAUUUCCUUUUUUAUUUAGCAAAUAUUUGUCUUACUUUUUAACUGCAUUGUUGGGAAUGGGCUCAUAAGUAAGCAUUUCUCUGUAAGGUCUACACCUGUUGUAUUCGGCGCAUGUGACCAAUAAAAUUUGAUUUGAUUUGAUGUGUGUCUCCCUGCUGCAGAUGUACAUCACGUUAACAGUGAAGGCCAAGGGGACCAAGCUGGCCAAGCCUGUCCUAUCGCUGGGUCUCAUAUGUCUGGCCUUCCUCACGGGCAUCAACAGGGUGGUGGAGUACCGCAACCACUGGUGUGACGUCAUCGCCGGAUUCAUCAUCGGAGGGGCCAUAGCAGUCUUCAUGGUGAGGGAACUCACCAUCUUUAUACUACAGCCUUCUGUUUAAAGAUAGAGGGAUCGUUUCUUUGAACGUGUUUGUUACGUAUGUGUUACAUGCUUAUUAUAUGCUUGUUACAUUAACUCUUCAUGAUGAGGCCCUCUCUGUGGUCACAUGUACAUACUUUUGACAUGUAACAUGUUUGAACUCUAUACAGUCCAUAGUGAAAGUCUACACACCCCUUGCACAGUCUUCACAUUUUGCUGCCUUAAAUCUAAAAAGGGAUUAAGUUAGAUUUUUUCUUUACUGAUCUACACAAUGUACUCCACAUUUUCAAAGUGAAAGAAAAGUAAUUACUUAUUCUGGUCCAAGUAAAUUUGCCUACAUAGGAGAAAUUCUGGUCUUGAACUUACCUUGGUGAGAUUUCAGGGAAUAGAAAAGACUGCUCUAUUAAUAUUUUAUACGAGAUGAAUGCAGAGAUAACAAUCUGUAGGGGACUAUGACACAACGUCCCAAGACUGUCCUAAUAACGUCCUCAUGGAUGUCCCUGGGACUAACCAGGAACUAGACAAAAUCUCCAUGGGACUAUGGCACAACGCCCAAGAACGACCUAAAAACGUCCUCAGCGAUGUCCCCAGGAUAAACCGGGAACUAGCCAAAACCUCCAGGGGACCAUGACACAACGCCCAAGAACGUUCUAAAAACAUCCUUGGGGACGUCCCCGGGAAAAAGCAGGAACUACACAAAACCUCCAGGGAACCAUGACACAAAGUCCUGACCACUUUAGGCAACCAUUUUGUGACAUUAACGGGAAUGUCCUAACAACUUAUUUUUGUUUGCAGGGACAAUCCUUUGGGACCAUCACGCAAAGUCCUAAUGACUGGUAAAAUAAAAGUCCUGAGAACGUCUUAAAAAGGUCCUGACAUGGUCCUCAGUGAUGUCCUGGAAACGUACAGUGAACUAGGGAACUAGACAAAGGUCCCUCAGAGAACAUUCCCUUGGGACCAUCAUGCGACGUCACCUUGACCAUCAUAAAACAUCCCCUUGUGGUCAUUGAAUGUCCCGUGGAUAACGUCUUAUCAGAACCAAAUAGGAACCUUUUCAUAACGUUCUCUAACAUGCUGACUACACCGGGCGCGAUGCGUCCAUGUGCGCCAUCGCGUGCAUGUUGUAUUUGUCCACCUUCACCAGACUCGAUCAGGACACGCAGGUUGAAAUAUCAAAACGAACUCUGAACCAACUAUAUUAAUUUGGGGACAGACGCAGGUCGAAAAGCAUUAAACAUUUAUGGCAAUUUAGAAAGAGGAGUGGGAGGCCCCAGUGCACAACUGAGCAAGAGGACAAAUACAUUAGAGUGUCUAGUUUGAGAAACAGACGCAGGUCAAAAAGCAUUAAACAUUUAUGGCAAUUUAGCUAGCUAGCUUGCUGUUGCUAGAUAAUUUGUCCUGGGAUAUAAACAUUGGGUUGUUAUUUUACCUGAAAUGCACAAGGUACUCUAUUCUGACAAUUAAUCCACAGAUAAAAGGGUAAACCGAGUUUGUUUCUAGUAAUCUCUCCUCCUUCAGGCUUCUUCUUCUUCUUUAGACUUUAUAUGGCGGUUGGCAACAAACUUUAAGGUGCAUAACCACCAACUGGACUGGAGUGUGGACCUCAGUUCAUCUUUCAAUCACCCACGCAGGUAUAUACUCCUAAAAACCAGUGAGGAGAUGGGAGAGGCGGAACUUGCAGCGUGUCAAGAGUCACAAAUAGAACCAAGUUCUAUUUUAGCGCCUGGCUACGCAGAUGGUCGUUGACGCGCACAAGCAGUGUGGAUGCAAUGAUGGAAUAACAUGUACACUACUGUUCAAAAGUUUGGGGUCACUUAGAAAUGUCCUUGUUUUCGAAAGAAAAUCAAUUUUUUUGUCCAUUAAAAUAACAUCAAAUUGAUCAGAAAUACAGUGUAGAAAGAGGAGUGGGAGGCCCCGGUGCACAACUGAGCAAGAGGACAAAUACAUUAGAGUGUCUAGUUUGAGAAACAGACGCUUCACAGGUCCUCAACUGGCAGCUUCAUUAAAUAGUACCCGCAAAACUCCAGUCUCAACGUCAACAGUGAAGAGGCGCGUCAGGGUUGAGUGUAGAGGUAGUGUGGAAUCAGGCGCAGGACACACAGAGGUUUCGAACAGACGUCUUUAGUGAAGUCCAAAUAACAAGCCACACACGGCAACAGGCAACAGGCUAACUUUACGCAACACGGUAAAGUAAACACAAGGCGCACAAAGUGCGGAACUCUCUCUCAAAACACAAACACAGAGAGAACUGAAAAACGGACUAGCACAACAACGUGACAAAAAACAAUUACACACAACACCUGACCAAACUCAAAAGAACUAAAUAGGACGCAUAAUGAACACUAAUAAGGAACAGGUGACUCCGGGAUGCUGACCUUCUAGGCAGAGUUGCAAAGAAAAAGCCAUAUCUCAGACUGGCCAAUAAAAAGUGCUUUUCUUUCGAAAACAAGGACAUUUCUAAGUGACCCCCAAACUUUUGAACGGUAGUGUAUGUGUACAUUUAUUUCGCAACGCUCACACAUGUAACGCGGGCGGUGUGGUCAGCAUGUAAUGGACAUCAAAAUACCUUAUUAUAAUGUUAUACGUGACCAAACCAGGACCUGUACUGAACAUUCUCUUAUGGUCCCGAAGUUAACGUUUUAAUAUUCCUGGAACGUUCCCAGAAUGUGAGUGGGAUAACGUCUCGCCAAAACCCUUAAAGGGACCUAAUGGCAACUUCGCCGAAUGUCCUUAGGACGUCCCCUGUUUUCUGGGUAUUGAAUACGACCCUGUGUUUGCCUGUGUCCCUUCUCUCUCACCAUCUUUUAGAAAAUAAGGGCCAGGGAUAGCCACAAGAUGUAGGAUGAAGUUGCCCCUAAGCACUGAUCUAAGGCCUGUUUUACCAUUUCCUCCCAAUUAUUAAUAUUAAGACUGUCAUAGAUUAUGCUGAUCCUGGAUAUAUUACCUUGAUCCUUGUUUAACUAUCUACUGUAGAUCUGGGUGGAAAAUCUGGAAAAUCACUGGUCAUGGCUCAGUUCUGUUUUCUGUAAGUACAUAGAGUAGCCAGCCAAAUAACAAAAGUAGCCAGCCAGGGAAAAAAUUGCAGGACAAGCUCUAUUUUGGUGGCCUCUGGUACAUUCGAAUGCCUUGAAAUACACAGCUAAAUUAUUGAAUACUUUAACAAUUUUACCUAACAGAUUGAUAAAAUGAGUUGUGGUAUUGAGUAAAAAGACAUUGCUUUACAAUUAAAAUGACUGAAAAUGUAUGAAUUCAGUGUGUUAGUUGAUUUGGAUAUACUAUUUUAAAGUAAACUAACCUUUUUUAACAUUAAACCUGUGUUCUCUUGAGAUUAAAGUCAUAUUUACAGUUUUACUGCAAUAUAUUAAUUGCCACAAUGAUGUUUGUUCGUCAAAUUACAGUGCAUUCGGACAGUAUGCAGACCCCUUGACUUUUUCCACAUUUUGUUACGUUACAGCCUUAUUCUUAAAUGGAUUAUAUUGUUUUUUCCCCUCAUCAAUCUACACACAAUACCCCAUAAUGACAAAGCAAAAACUGGUUUUUAGUAAUCUAUGAAAAAUAAAAAACGGAAAUAUUGCAUUUACAUAAAUAUUCAUACCCUUUACUCAGUACUUUUUUGAAGCACCUUUAGCAGCGAUUACAGCCUCGAGUCUUCUUGGGUAUGACGCAACAAGCUUGGCACACCUGUAUUUGGGGAGUUUCUCCCAUUCUUCUCUGCAGAUCCUCUCAAGCUCUGCCAGGUUGGAUGGGGAGCGUCGCUUCACAGCUAUUGUCAGGUCUCUCCAGAGUUUUUUGCUCUGACAUGCACUGUCAACUGUGGGACCUUAUAUAGACAGGUGUGUGCCUUUCCAAAUCAUGUCCAAUCAAUUGAAAUUACCACAGGUGGACUCCAAUCAAGUUGUAGAAACAUUUCAAGUAUGAUCAAUGGAAACAGGAUGCACCUGAGCUCAAUUUCGAGUCUCAUAGCAAAGGGUCUGAAUACUUAUGUGAAUAAGGUAUUUAUGUUGUUGUUUUUGUUUUAUAUGCAAGAAUUUCGAAAGACCUGUUUUCGCUUUGUCAUUAUGGGGUAUUGUGUGUAGAUUAAUGAGAAUUUGUUUUUAAUUUCAUCCAUAUUAGAAUAAGGCUGUAACUCAAGGAUGAUCAAUGGAAACAGGAUGCACCUGAGCUCAAUUUCGAGUCUCAUAGCAAUACUUAUGUAAAUAAGGUAUUUCUGUUUUUUAUUUUUAAUAAAUGUACAAAAAUAUAUAAUAAAACAGUUUUUGCUUUGUCAUUAUGGGGUAUUGUAUGUAGAUUAGAACAAGGCUGUAACGUAACAAAAUGUGGAAAAAGUCAAGGGGUCUGAGUACUUUCCGAAUGCACUGUAUGUAUUUUAUUGGCUCUGCUGCUGUGGACACUUACGGUAAGGAAACCAACAUAAUUUUGUAAUUUGGGUGAACUAUCCCUUUAACAGUUUAGCCUUUCAGUCAAUCACUGUGGAUGGGAUUGUCAGAGGAGGGGGCAGGAUGUUUUUGAGUCACAGAGUUGUUAGGGUUUCAGACCUGUCCCACUGUAGGUGGGACUGAGGGGAAGGCAGUAGAUUAGUAAUCUAGUCAGAAAAACUACUCUAGUCUACUCUUUCAAUUUAAUUUAUUGUGGCAAAAACCUAAGAAAUAAUGUUGUGUUCUUUCAAAUAAACAUGGAUUCCCUGUUGAGAAACAAUAUAGAGAGGGAGCCAUCAUUUUGCUGUAAUUCUAUAUUAUUUCUCAACAGGGAAUCCAUGCUUACUUGAAAGAACACAACAUGUUUUCUUAGGUUUUAAAAAUGCUAACAUUUUCAGGGGGAGGACCCUCAGACCCCUCUCCAGAUUGUGCACCCACACUUUUAUAUAAAGUCAGGCACCCAUGAAUAGACCUACAGGUAUGAUUCAGUGGAGGCUGCUGAGGGGCGGACGGCGCAUAAUAAUGGCUGGAACGGAGUGAAUGGAAUGGCAUCAAACCAUGUGUUUGAUGUAUUUGACACCAUUCCAUUCAAAACGCUCCAGCCAUUACCGCGAGCCCGUCCUCCCCAAUUAAGGUGCCACCAACCUCCUGUGGUAUGAUUCCUAGUAUCCUGAUGGCUAAUGUCCAAACGCUGGAAAAUAAUCUUUGUGAACUCGAGUAAGGCUUCAAUCACAUAGGGACAUCAGGGAAUGCUGUAUCUUUGUUUUUACAGACAUGGCUUACAGACAAUUCACUCGACUGUGCUUUUCCAUUUUCCGUGUGGAUCGUAUGGUGGCUUCUGGUAAGAGUAUCAAAUCAAAUCAAAUCAAAUUUUAUUGGUCACAUGCGCCGAAUACAACAGGUGCAGACAUUACAGUGAAAUGCUUACUUACAGCCCUUAACCAACAGUGCAUUUAUUUUAAACAAAAAAAGUAAGAAUAAAACAACAACAAAAAAGUGUUGAGAAAAAAAAGAGCAGAAGUAAAAAAUAAAGUGACAGUAGGGAGGCUAUAUAUACAAUAGAAUAAAGUGACAGUAGGGAGGCUAUAUAUACAGGGGGGUACCGUUGCAUAGUCAAUGUGCGGGGGCACCGGCUAGUUGAGGUAAUAUGUACAUGUGGGUAGAGUUAAAGUGACUAUGCAUAAAUACUUAACAGAGUAGCAGCAGCGUAAAAAGGAUGGGGUGGGGGGGGCAGUGCAAAUAGUCCGGGUAGCCAUGAUUAGCUGUUCAGGAGUCUUAUGGCUUGGGGGUAGAAGCUGUUGAGAAGUCUUUUGGACCUAGACUUGGCACUCCGGUACCGCUUGCCGUGCGGUAGCAGAGAGAACAGUCUAUGACUAGGGUGACUGGAGUCUUUGACAAUUUUGAGGGCCUUCCUCUGACACCGCCUGGUAUAGAGGUCCUGGAUGGCAGGGAGCUUUGCCCCAGUGAUGUACUGGGCCGUACGCACUACCCUCUGUAGUGCCUUGCGGUCAGAGGCCAAGCAGUUGCCAUACCAGGCGGUGAUGCAACCAGUCAGGAUGCUCUCGAUGGUGCAGCUGUAGAAUUUUUUGAGGAUCUGAGGACCCAUGCCAAAUCUUUUUAGUCUCCUGAGGGGGAAUAGGCUUUGUCGUGCCCUCUUCACGACUGUCUUGGUGUGUUUGGACCAUGAUAGUUCGUUGGUGAUGUGGACACCAAGGAACUUGAAGCUCUCAACCUGUUCCACUACAGCCCCGUCGAUGAGAAUGGGGGCGUGCUCAGUCCUCUUUUUUUUCCUGUAGUCCACAAUCAUCUCCUUUGUCUUGGUCACGUUGAGGGAGAGGUUGUUGUCCUGGCACCACACGGCCAGAUCUCUGACCUCCUCCCUAUAGGCUGUCUCAUCGUUGUCGGUGAUCAGGCCUACCACUGUUGUGUCGUCGGCAAACUUAAUGAUGGUGUUGGAGUCGUGCCUGGCCAUGCAGUCAUAGGUGAACAGAGAGUACAGGAGGGGACUGAGCACGCACCCCUGAGGGGCCCCCGUGUUGAGGAUCAGUGUGGCAGAUGUGUUGUUACCUACCCUUACCACCUGGGGGCGGCCCGUCAGGAAGUCCAGGAUCCAGUUGCAGAGGGAGGUGUUUAGUCCCAGGAUCCUUAGCUUAGUGAUGAGCUUUGAGGGCACUAUGGUGUUGAAUGCUGAGCUGUAGUCAAUGAAUAGCAUUCUCACGUAGGUGUUCCUCUUGUCCAGGUGGGAAAGGGCAGUGUGGAGUGCGAUAGAGAUUGCAUCAUCUGUGGAUCUGUUGGGGCGGUAUGCAAAUUGGAGUGGGUCUAGGGUUUCUGGGAUUAUGCUGUUGAUGUGAGCCUCAUCAACAAUUCCUGGUGUACCGAAGUUGAAAACAUCUCGAGCUCCUGUUCACCCGACCUGGAGUUUCUGAUGCUAAAAUGCCGACCCCACUAUAUGCAAAGGGUAUUCACGUGUGUUAUUAUCACAGCUGUGUACAUACCGCUACAAGCAAACAUCAAGGCGGCACUUAGUGAACUGUAUAAGAACAUUAGCCUGCAAGAAUCGUCUCACCCGGAAGCAGCCUUUAUUGCCGUGGGAGAUUUUAACCAAGCUAAUUUUAUACAAAUUAUUCCAAAGUAUCACCAACAUUUAUACUGCCCCACGGUAGGAAACAACGUGCUGGACCAUGUGUACGCAAACAGCCUUGACGCGUACAAAGCCAUCCCUGCCCCCACUUCGGCCAAUCAGAUCACAUCUCUCUGUUCCAACUCGCCACCUACAAGCAGCAACUCAAGAGGGAGCCAUCAACACAGAGAAUAGUGAGGCGCUGGACAAAGGAGGCAGACUCGAUGCUGCAGGACUGUUUUGAAAAUACGGAUUGGAAUAUGCUCAAAGAUUCCUCCACCCAGGACUCAUCCAUCAAUAUUGAGGAAUAUGCAUCGUCAGUCACAGGCUUCAUUAGGAAAUGUGUUGAUGAUGUUGUACCCACAAUAGCAAUCUGGCCAUACCCCAACCAAAAAACCUGGAUGAACGUAGAAAUCCAUACCUUGCUGAGAGCCUGUAGUGCAGCAUUCAAUGUCAGCAGAACGAACCCCGACGACUCGGUGUCGUGCAAUGCGUACAAGGCAAGCAGGUACGAGCUCCGCAAAUCCAUUAGGCGAUGCUAUCACGGACUACAAAGGCAAAUCCAGCUGUGUGGUGCACACACACAUACAGUAUAUACAUUCAUGCUGCACACACAUUACAACUGCUGCUACCAGACUCUUAUUUACUAUUGCUCAUACUGCACAAUUUAAACACUUGCCCCCCAAUCCCCCCUCCAGUGAUACAUGUGUAAAUAUUGUACUAUAAAUUGUGCCUUCCUGUAUUAUACUUAUACUAAAAUGUAUUUUCUAUUCUACUCAGCCAUUUACUUUAUGUUCAUAUUUGUAUUUUCUUACUUCCUAUUGUUGUUGCAUUGUCGAGAAGGAACCUGCAAGUAAGCAUUUCGUUGGACAGUGUAUACCAUGUGUAUCCUGUACAUACGACUAAUGAAAAUUGAAACAUGUUUGAAGCAUGUUGUUGAUCAGGCCUACCACUGUUGUGUUGUCAGCAAACUUGAUGAUUGAGUUGGAGACGAGCAUGGCCACGCAGUCAUGGGUGAACAGGGAGUACAGGAGGGGGCUGAGCACGCACCUUUCUGGGGCCCCCAUGUUGAGGAUCAGCGUGGCGGAGAUGUUGUUGCCUACCUUCACCACCUGGGGUCGGCCUGUCAGGAAGUCCAGGACCCAGUUGCACAGGGCGGGGUUCAGACCCAGGGCUCCGAGCUUAGUGAUGAUCUUGAACAGGGAGUACAGGAGGGGGCUGAGCAUGCACCCUUGUGUGGCCCUGUGUUGAGGAUCAGCUUGGCGGAAGUGUUGUUGCCUACCUUCACCACCUGGGGUCGGCCUGUCAGGAAGUCAUGGACCCAGUUGCACAGGGCGGGGUUCAGACCCAGGGUCCCGAGCUUAGUAAUGAGCUUGAAGGGCACUAUGGUGUUGAAGGUCAGUGUUCAAUCAAUAAAUUAUGUUCAAUGGUGUUCAAUCAAGAAAUUGCUCAUGAAAAGAUUGCGGGAGCUGUUUUGUUAGACUUUGCUGAAAAAACAUAUAUGUUAUGGCUUUACGUUUACAGUUGAAGUCAGAAGUUUACAUACACCUUAGCCAAAUACAUUUAAACUCAGUUUUUCACAAUUCCUGACAUUUAAUCCUAGUAAAGAUUCCCUGUCUUAGGUCAGUUAGGAUCACCACUUUAUAUUAAGAAUGUGAAAUGUCAGAAUAAUAGUAGAGAGAAUGAUUUAUUUCAGCUUUUAUUUCUUUCAUCACAUUCUCAGUGGGUCAGAAGUUUACAUACACUCAAUUAGUAUUUGGUAGCAUUGCCUUUAAAUUGUUUAACUUGGGUCAAACGUUUCGGGUAGCCUUCCACAAGCUUCCCACAAUAAGUUGGGUGAAUUUUGGCCCAUUCCUCCUGACAGAGCUGGUGUAACUGAGUCAGGUUUGUAGGCCUCCUUGCUCGCACAAGCUUUUUCAGUUCUGCCCAGCCUAUCAGAAGCUUCUAAAGCCAUGACAUCAUUUUCUGGAAUUUUCCAAGCUGUUUAAAGGCACAGUCAACUUAGUGUAAACUGUGAAUUAACAGUGAAUUAAAAGUGAAAUAAUCUGUCUGUAAACAAUUGUUGAAAAGAUAUCUUGUGUCAUGCACAAAUUAGUUUUCCUAACCGACUUGCCAAACUAUAGUUUGUUAACCACAAAUUUGUGGAGUUGUUGAAAAAUGAGUUUUAAUGACUCCAACCUAAGUGUAUGUAAACUUGCAACUUCAACUGUGUAUCAUGGAUCAAGAUUUACCUGUCUAACCGAACAUAGAGGGUGUUUUUUAACGGAAGCCUCUUCAACAUAAUCCAGGUAGAGUCGGGCAUACCCCAGGGCAGCUGUCUAGGCCUCGUACUUUUACUUUUUUUUUUACUAAUGACCUGCCACUGGCACUGAGUAAAUCCUGUGUGUCUAUGCAUGCUGAUGACUCAACAUUAUACACGUCUGCUACCACAGCAAGUGAAAUCACUGCAACACUUAACAAAGAGCUGCAGUCAGUUUUAGAAUGGGUGGCAAGUAAUAAGCUAGCCCUAAAUAUUUCUAAAACUAAAACCAUUGUAUUUGGGACAAAUCAUUAACUAAACCCUAAACCUCAACAAAAUCUUGUAAUGAGUAAUGUGCACGGAGAGCUAACAUCAAUAACAUGCAUGUCAAUCUCUCCUGGCUCAAAAUAGAGUAGCGAUUGACUGCAUCACUGCUUGUCUUUGUGAGAGAUACUGACUUGUUGAAUGCACCGAGCUGUCUGUUCAAAUGGCUAGCACACAGCUCCGACACCCAUGCAUACCCAACAAGACAUGCCACCAGGGGUCUCUUCACAGCCCCCAAGUCCAGAACGGACUCUGGGAAACACACAGUGCAACAUAGAGCCAUGACUACAUGGAACUCUAUUCCACAUCAAGUAACUCAAGCAAGCAGUAAAAUCAGAUUUUAAAAAACUGAUAAAACUGCACCUCAUGGAACAACGCGGAGAGGCACACACACACUAGAAGAUGCAUAUCAUUCAUUCUAGCGGGAGAAGGCUAUACUGAUAGCAAAUUAAAACUUUUAAAUGGAAAGAAUCCUAGUUAAUUUAUGAAGUGGAAAAAGUAGCCGGCUUAUAAUGACUCUGUUAUCGGCUAUUUAGUCGACGGCCGGCACUUAUGGAAAACACUGGGUUUUCCGCCUAGUAUGGCUGGAUAAUUGGCUCAGAUGAACGCAGUGGGGCCAUGUGGAUCUGUUGUGUUUAGACAGGGCAAGUGAGUUAGCUCCUAUAUGAGUGGGCUCCUUUGAUAUCUCUGCAAUACACUUAUUAGUUGGUGUGUCUCUUGCUAGAGUGAGUAUGAACACCGUUAGAUUUGCUUGAGUUUCUCUGACUUCAAAGCACUAGUCUGUGGAUAAAUCUUGCUUAAUUGGUUGUGCAUACAUUGGUGUGGAUACAUUAGUGCUAGGUUGCUGCUCAUGACAUGUUUAUCCUCAACAACUCUAAAUUACUACUAGCACAAACGUAUCUUCAAAGAUCAUCCAUUUCUGACAGGAUAGGUGGAGAGUUUUAGUGAGUCCCUGGGUAGAAGAGAGGUGUGCUAAAGUGCGUCCGAAAUGGCACCCUAUUCCCAAUGUAUUUUUUUACAUGGCCCUGGUCAAAAGUAGUGCACUAUGUAGGGAAUAGGGAGCUAUUUGGGACACACACCUAGUAUGACCUAGUUAACGAGACUGAAUAGGGAAAGGGGAUAGGUGGGAAAGGACCCAGCAUGAGAUAUCUGAGAUCAAACCACUGUAUCACAGGCGAGCAGGCACACAUCACGCAUCAUCAGCAAGAAAGCACAGUGCCUAACAGAAACAGCAGGGUGCCUGGGCCAUGGGGUAUAGGUGUGUGUGUGUGUGUGUGUGUGUGGAAGUGUGUGUGUGAGAGUGUAUGAGCGUGUGUGUGUGUGAAAACCACAGGGUGCCUGGGCCAUGGGGUAAAGGUAUGUGUGUGCGUGUUUACUUGCAUGCAUGUCUAUGUGUUGUGUGUGUCUGCAUGUUUUUUCCCUAAAGUGUUGUUAUAGAGUGAAUGAACCUAUAACUACAGAAUGUUAUUUUCUGGAUGCAGUCACAACAUGUAUGUAUCUCACGUUAAGGCACAUCUGUCUUUUAGAUGUCCCCUACUUCUGUCAAUGUAUGCUUGUGUUAUUCACUCUCACAUGCUGUGUUCAGUCAUGCAUGUGUAUAUAAUUUAGUGCCGUGGCGUAACAUGACAAAUUGCGCACAAACGAUUAUUACCACAUUGCAGUUUCAUAACAUACCAUAUCUGAAGCUGAGGCAGGUUUCUAUGAUGAGUGCUACAGCAACCUGCUGAGAUAAUGGAAGUAUACUGAUACAUAUACUGAAAAGAAGUACCACAUAUACGCACAGUUGAAGUCAGAAGUUUACAUACACCUUAGCCAAAUACAUUUAAACUCAGUUUUUCCACAAUUCCUGACAUUUAAUCCUAGUAAAAAUUCCCUGUUUUAGGUCAGUUAGGAUCACCACUUUAUUUUAAGAAUGUGAAAUGUCAGAAUAAUAGUAGAGAGAAUGAUUUAUUUCAGCUUUUAUUUCUUUCAUCACAUUCCCAGUGGGUCAGAAGUUUACAUACACUCAAUUAGUAUUUGGUAGCAUUGCCUUUAAAUUGUUUAACUUUCAUCACAUUCCCAGUGGGUCAGAAGUUUACAUACACUCAAUUAGUAUUUGGUAGCAUUGCCUUUAAAUUGUUUAACUUGGGUCAAACUUUUCGGGUAGCCUUCCACAAGCUUCCCACAAUAAAUUGGGUGAGUUUUGGCCCAUUCCUCCUGACAGAGAUGGUGUAACUGAGUCAGGUUUGUAGGCCUCCUUGCUCGCACACGCUUUUUCAGUUUUGCCCACACAUUUUCUAUAGGAUUGAGGUCAGGGCUUGGUGAUGGCCACUCCAAUACCUUGACUUUGUUGUCCUUAAGCCAUUUUGCCACAACUUUGGAAGUAUGCUUUGGGGUCAUUGUCCAUUUGGAAGACCCAUUUGCGACCAAGCUUUAACUUCCUGACUGAUGUCUUGAGAUGUUGCUUCAAUAUAUCCACAUAAUUUUCCUUCCUCAUGAUGCCAUCUAUUUUGUGAAGUGCACCAGUCCCUCCACAGCAUGAUGCUGCCUCCCCCAUGCUUCACGUUUGGGAUGGUGUUCUUCGGCUUGCAAUUUCCCCCCUUUUCCUCCACAACACAACGAUGGUCAUUAUGGCCAAACAGUUCUAUUUUUGGUUCAUCAGACCAGAGGACAUUUCUCCAAAAAGUACGAUCUUUGUCCCCAUGUGCAGUUGCAAACCGUUGUCUGGCUUUUUUAAGGCGGUUUUGGAGCAGUGGCUUCUUCGUUGCAGAGCAGCCUUUCAGGUUAUGUCGAUAUAGGACUUGUUUUACUGUGGAUAUAGAUACUUUUGUACCUGUUUCCUCCAGCAUCUUCACAAGGUCCUUUGCUGUUGUUCUGGGAUUGAUUUGAUACACCUUCAAUUGACUUAAAUGAUGUCAAUUAGCCUAUCAGAAGCUUCUAAAACCAUGACAUCAUUUUCUGGAAUUUUCCAAGCUGUUUAAUGGCACAGUCAACUUAGUGUAUGUAAACUUCUGACCCACUUGAAUUGUGAUACAGUGAAUUAUAAGUGAAAUAAUCUGUCUGUAAACAAUUGUUGGAAAUAUUACUUGUGUCAUGCACAAAGUAGAUGUCCUAUCCGACUUGCCAAAACUAUAGUUUGUUAACAAGACAUUUGUGGAGUGGUUUAAAAACAAGUUAAUGACUUCAACCUAAGUGUAUGUAAACAUCCGACUUCAACUGUAUUUAUAUAUUUAUUUUGGGAAUGUAAUUCAACAAAUGACUGCAGGGCCUUUUGGCCUGUAAUGGUAAUGGAAGAGACCCUCUAGAUCAGUGGUCACCAAACUUUUCUGAGCCAAGAUCACUUGCAAGGCGAGAUCUACCGUUCAGUUUUGUCACACAACACAAUGCCACAGAUGUCUCAAGUUUGAGGGAGCGUGCAAUUGGCAUGCUGACUGCAGGAAUGUCCACCAGAGCUGUUGCCAGAGAAUUUAAUGUUCAGUUCUCCACCAUAAGCCGCCUCCAACGUCGUUUUAGAGAAUUUGGCAAUACAUUCAACUGACCUCACAAGGCUCCCAGGCCCACCCAUGGCUGUGCUCCUUCCCAGUCAUAUGAAAUCCAUAGAUUAGGGCCUAAUGAAUUUAUUUCAGUUGACUGAUUUUCCUUAUAUGAACUGUAACUCAGUAAAAUCUUUGAAAUUGUUGCAUAUUGGGUUUAUAUUUUCGUUCAGUAUAUAUACAGAAAAAGGUAUAGGAUCAGACUGGUAUUAGAUAAUAUGUUGUAUUACUUGUGAGGCACAGCUGAGUGAGCAUAAUAAUUUGCUUUUUUUUAUUUUACUGGACUGAUGGCCUACAUCUGAUGGUAAGUCUGAGGGGAGGGAGGGAGAGAGAGCAGCGGUGAGGCUGCCUCUCACCCGACUCACCGUCCCUCCGCUCUCCCUUAGUCUUCCAGCUGAUGGCGAAACGCAAGUCACACUGCAUUAUUUCUGCCUUAUGCACCAAUUCAUGUUGUUACUCCUAUGACCAGAGAAAGUGAAAUAUUCCUCAAUAUUAAAAAAGACACAAGCCGCUAAAAAGAACAUCGCAAGCUUAUCAAAACGCUUUACUAUACUCAUUCAUUGCAGCUGCUGUGCUGGUUGUAGCGUGAGUGGAAGUAGGGAGAAUGCACAUUUAAGGCGUAUAAAAGUGUUGAACAAAGUGUUGACAAUGCUGAAUAACAACUUAAACAGGAAUUUACUUAUAAAAACAGCAGCUAUUUGCUGUAUUCAUUGUCUCUCUCUCUAGUCAUGGUUUUAAAAGUUUUGAAAUCUCACAGUAUCAACUUUGCUGUGUGCUCAAGGCUUCUUUUUAUGUCUAUGACUCGAGGAAACUGUGCUGACACUGUGAUCUGAACUAUCUGAUUGGCAAGCCGUAGGCCUAUAGGUGCACUUGAUUUGCUCUCUGGGCCUGCCGGGCUGCUGAAUCAAGUGCACCUACCACCAACAGCGCUAAACAAAGAAAAAACUAUAAGAAUUAAUCUUUUUUUGGGGGGGGGGGGUUUCCAGCAAUGUUUGGUAAACGACUAUAAAUGCCUUGGAGAUUGAACAGUUGAUCGCGAUCGACCGGUUGGUGACCACUGCUCUAGAUUAUAAUUUUUCUCUGACUCGCUUUUCUCCUCCGUCUGAACAUUGCCUUAGAUAGACGUCUCACAAAAAAUGGAUGGUAAUGGAUGAAACUCCUUGAGGAGACACAUACACACACGCACAACUCUGAUUGAAUUAAUGUUUUUGGGCAACAAGCUGUGCGAUUCCUUUAUUACAUUUACAUUUACAUCAUUUAGCAGACGCUCUUAUCCAGAGCGACUUACAAAUUGGUGCAUUCACCUUAUAGCCAGUGGGAUAACCACUUUACAAAUUUUUUUAUUUUUAUUAUUAUUUUUUAUCCUAUCCCAGGUAUUCCUUAAAGAGGUGGGGUUUCAAGUGUCUCCGGAAGGUGGUGAGUGACUCCGCUGUCCUGGCGUCGUGAGGGAGCUUGUUGUUUAUAAUAGAAAAAAUACUUACAUAACCCAUGUUAUGAGAAGUGAAAGGCACUCUGCUCUGAUAAAACACCACAGAGCCUCUAUCUCCAUCUCAGCCUAACUAACUAACUAACUUACUAAGUCUCCCACUCCUCCUUCUCUCUCUCUCCCUCAUCUCUUUGUCUUUUCUUUCUUUUGUUCCCUCUCUCUCUUCCUCGCACCUCUAUCUCUCCCUCUUUCUCUCUCCAUCUCUCUCUCUCUCUCUCUCUCUCUCCCCCCCUUCUCUAUCUAUUUUCCUUUGUCUGUCCCGUGACCGUGGCUGUGAGUGCAGGUUCUCGGGGUGGUGCAGAACUUCAAAGGGAAGACCCUGCUGAACGAGAUCCCGCCGGAGGAGAGCGUGGCCAGCAGUGUUCCUAUGAUGGGCCAGCCCCGCAUCAUGGACAACACCAUGGAGAAGUACAUAGCCUCACAGGUAUUGUCAACCACACUUCAUUGCAGUGAUACAAUAUACUGUGCUUUACUAGGGACCGUUUCCUAGAGUACCUUGUUUGUCAGCCUCAGUCCAUUCUGCUGUGGUCACCAUACAGAAAGACACAUCAUAUACAGUAUAUCCUCCAUUUCCUGUACAUAAAUAUUAACAUUACUUCCAGUUGUGUAGUGUGAAGGUUGAAAAUUGACCAAAAUAUAUGAACAUUGACAAAAAUAUACAUUGGUGUUUGGAAUACAAAGUAUGUAUCACUUUGGGUUGAGAGUCUCAUCUUCUUCGUUUUAUGGUCCAGGUAAAAUUACUAUAAGCUCUUACAAUGCCUCUGGCAAGAGGUACACAAUCCCAGUCCCUGAGGAAGAGUGUCUGUCUGCUAAUCAUCUGUAUACAGGUGAUUAGCUAGAGGACACACAUAUUGUUACGUUGGGCUAAAUCGCACACUGUGUAAACUGAUAAUGUAAGAAUGAAAACCUGCAUGCCUCGUUACCUGUCUAUACAAAUAAUCUUGAUAGCAAAGCUGUGCAGGUAUAAACAUCAUGUGUGUUAAAUUGGGCUAAGUAGCCCAUUUGCUGUGUACUGAUUAAAACACUGUUCAGAACAUUGGGAGAAACAGUUACCCUAUAACUGUCAGGAGAGAAGAACAGAACUACUGACCUGACACUCUGAAAACUGACAAGCUACUGGAAAUACACAGUGUUUGUAAAUGGAUGUGGUUACGUGUUUCACAACAUAAAUUAUUCAUUUUUAUAAUAACUUUACUUCACUUUAGUUAUUGUUUUCAGAUGAAUUCAUGUAUCCUACAGUGCCUUGCAAAAGUAUUCAUCCUCCUUGGCAUUUUUCCUAUUUCGUUGCAUUACAAUCUAUAAUUUAAAUUGAUUUUUAUUUGGAUUUCAUGUAAUGGACAUACACAAAAUAGUCCAAAUUGGUGAAGUGAAAUGAAAAAAAAUAACUUGUUUCAAAAAAUUAAAACAAAUAAAUAACGGAAAACUGGUGCGUGCAUAUGUAUUCACCCCCUUUGCUAUGAAGCCCCUAAAUAAGAUCUGGUGCAACCAAUUACCUUUAGAAGUCACAUAAUUAGUUAAAUAAAGUCCACCUGUGUGCAAUCUAAGUGUCACAUGAUCUGUCAGAUGAUCUCAGUAUAUAUACACCUGUUCUGAAAGGCCCCAGAGUCUGCAAUACCACUAAGCAAGGUGCACCAUCAAGCAAAGCGGCACCAUGAAGACCAAGGAGCUCUCCAAACAGGUCAGGGACAAAGUUGUGGAGAAGUACAGAUCAGGGGUUGGGUUAUAAAAAAAUAUCAGAAACUUUAAACAUCCCACGGAGCACCAUUUAAAUUCAUUAUUAAAAAAUUUAACGAAUAUGGCACCACAACAAACCUGCCAAGGGAGUGUCGUCCACCAAAACUCACGGACCAGGCAAGGAGGGCAUUAAUCAGAGGCAACAAAGAGACCAAAGAUAUCCCUGAAGGAGCUGCAAAGCUCCACAGCGGAGAUUGGAGUAUCUGUCCAUUAAGCCGUACACUCCACACAGCUGGGCUUUACGGAAGAGUGGCCAGAAAAAAGCCAUUGCUUAAAGAAAAAAAUAAGCAAACACGUUUGGUGUUCACCAAAAGGCAUGUGGGAGACACCCCAAACAUAUGGAAGAAGGUACUCUGGUCAGAUGAGACUAAAAUUGAGCUUUUUGGCCAUCAAGGAAAAUGUCUGGCGCAAACCCAACACCUCUCAUCACCCCGAGAACACCAUCCCCACAGUGAAGCAUGGUGGUGGCAGCAUCAUGCUGUGGGGAUGUUUUUCAUCGGCAGGGACUGGGAAACUGGUCAGAAUUGAAGGAAUGAUGGAUGGCGCUAAAUACAGGGAAAUUCUUGAGGGAAACCUGUUUCAGUCUUCUAGAGAUUUGAGACUGGGACGGAGGUUCACCUUCCAGCAGGACAAUGACCCUAAGCAUACUGCUAAAGCAACACUUGAGUGGUUUAAGGGAAACAUUUAAAUGUCUUGGAAUGGCCUAGUCAAAGCUCAGACCUCAAUCCAAUUGAGAAUCUGUGGUAUGACUUAAAGAGUGCUGUUCACCAGCGGAACCCAUCCAACUUGAAGGAGCUAGAGCAGUUUUGCCUUGAAGAAUGGGCAAAAAUCCCAGUGGCUAGAUGUGCCAAGCUUAUGGAGACAUACCCCAAGAGACUUGCAGCUGUAAUUGCUGCAAAAGGUGACUUUGGGGGGGGGGGGGAAUAGUUAUGCAUGCCAAAGUUUUCUGUUUUUUUGUCUUAUUUGUUGUUUGUUUCACAAGAAAAAAUAUUUUGCAUCUUCAAAGUGGUAGACAUGUUGUGUAAAUCAAAUGAUACAAACCCCUCAAAAAUCCAUUUUAAUUCCAGGUUGUAAGGCAACAAAUAGGAAAAAUGCCAAGGGGGGUGAAUACUUGGGAAAAUGCUAUUAUGCCUUUUAAAAUAAUAAUUUUGCCUUUUUAAAACAAUAUUAUAUGACAUUCUUUCUUACUUAGCAAGGUAUGAUAUCCUUCACUACUAACUACUGGCUUACUUAUGGGAUGGUGUGUGCGUGUUUAAUUUACCUCCCUUAAAAUAUAUUAAUACUGAAGCAGGCAGCCAGGCAGUCAAAGGGAGCAGUGAGCCAGGAUCCAAAGGGUUUUCUAAAGCAUCCUAAUGUGUCAGAUUUAUUUGGGUCACCUUCUGUACUCAGUUUGCAGAUGGCCUUUGGCCAUGGUGAUGUUGUGUGUAGCAAUGCAUUUAGUGUGGAAAUUCAUUUAGCUACAGCCUCCCUGCUGCUACUCUAAACUGUACAAUAAGUGGAUCCAUACUGCAGUUUAGGUUUCCAUUGGGUGUAUUUGGAUUUCUAAAGUACAUCUAGUCCCUCAAACCUCAACUAAUACAAAUUUGACCAUUCUUGCCAUUAGUGCUUUGCUCAUCUACCACUCAUGCACGCACACACAAACUCACCUCUCCACAUCUCCUCAUCCUUAUUCCCCUCACACACCUCAGUCUAACGAGAGGAGGUCAUCCUCCUUUGCGUUGACAAAUGGCCCAAUAUAACUUCCCCUGGACUCAUUGUGAAUUCAAAUAGGGGGAGCACCGGGUCUCCAUAAGGCACUUCAACAAGAUUACCAAGGGGGCCGGAGACUGUAUGUCCCUGUAAUGCAUGGCCUAGCAUUCCCCUCGCUAUAGGGUCUGUUAAGGCUACAUCAUUAAUCUUCAGGAGCAAUGCUAUUGUAUUAUGCUUAUAGAGGCAACCCAGGAGCUGUACAGUGUGCUAGCCUCAUGCUACUUGGCCCACUCUGUAUGUGUGUGUGUGUGUAUGUGUGUGUGUGUGUGUGUGUAUGUGUGUGUGUGUGUGUGUAGACAGACAGCCUAACAAGCCCCAUCAGCGCAAUCAAAGCAACUGACUUAACUUGAGGUUAUGUAAGGGUCGUUAUAUAAUUGAAAUAGGGAAAGGUAGAGAUGUUGGGGACCAAGAUGUCACAGGACCGAUACUGUAUCUUGACUGUGCUAUUUUGUGUUUUUUAUAUCAAGAUCGCAAAUAUCAUGUUACCAAGUAAUGUCUAAUCUGACUUAAUCAGUUUACUUCAUAUUAAUUGAAGACACAUUUCUGUUCUGUUUCUUCUUUUUUCCUUUAGAAUCCUCUUACUUUCGCCGAGGUCACAUGA